AUGCCCUCUGCGCUGUGCUCAGCAGUGGGCACCUGCAGUGUUGGCUGCCCAGAGUGUGGGAAAGAGGCGACACCACGCAGCUCAGCUGUUGUUGUUGGGGUGAGAGGCUCGUUCACUUCUCCGUGUAGUUUGUUUGUUUUACGGAACGCUGGCCCAGCUUUGCUGAAAUCUUGUUUGUGGUUUAAAAGUUAAUUAAAAUGCAAUUAUGAGUUUUGUUUUUACAGUUGUUGCGUAUCAUUUCAAUCCCCCCGCAGAAUAUAUAAUAGCAAAUGGGGAGAAAAUGUGACUGUGAUUAUCCUGUUUAUCUGAACUGUAAACGUUUUUAAAGCAGCUUGAAUUUGGAUGACAGAGAGAAAUUACUGAGGGCUUAGCAAAACCAGGAUGGGUAGCUGUUUCCAUGUGUUCUUUGUCAUGCAUGUUGUAGCCUGGGACUACAUACAUUGGUUAUUGUGAAAUUAUUGUUAUUAUGAUUAUUAUUAUAUAUUUUUGAUAGUAAUACACACAAAUACACCAAAAUUACAACAUAUUUUGUUGAUCCUUUUUUUCCAUCAGAGAAAACAUGCUUGACAUAUUCUCUAAACCGCAAUCCACCUUCAAUAUUUCAAUAAACCUGAAUGAGAGAUGAGGAAUGAGUCAUUCAUUCCGAUCUUAUCGAGGACUAAUUAUGUUCAUGCAUCACUUCAAUACAAUGCCUCCUGUGAAAUCCUCAUUUCGGAGACAUUUUCUUGCUUGAGAUUAUACGCUAUUCAAGACGGAGCACCAUUACUAUUCAAAUGUCUCAGGCCAAGGUAAACCAACAGCAUCAAACAGGCUGGCCUCUGAUUUCUCAAGGGUUUCUUAUUUUCUACUUCUCCAUUCUAUUUGAUGUCCUUACAAAACAAGAUCACACCAGGGACAAAGAUAUAAAAAGUAGAUUUUUUUUUUCUUCUUCUUCUAACCUGGUCCUUCAUGGCUACUUUAAUAUCAGCGAUGGUCUCAUUGAAGUUGGCCUGUUUUUCGUCUUUCUAUUCUCCUUAAUUGCCCCUGUAUCACCAGGAGGGGAGGGAGGGAGGCUAGCCUUAUGUCUUAAGCCUGGGUCUGCUUCCCCCCUCUCUCUCUCUCUCUCUCUCGCUCUCUCUCUCUCUCACCAUGCUUUGACCUUUGGCUUCUGGGGGGAGCGCUGGUUGGAGAGCGUCUUCAUUAAGUGUGAAUCAGUGAAUUCCCGACGUCGUCAGAUGUGUGGCCAAUGUUUCCUCAUUAGAAUAUCAUUUCCAUGCUUGUUCUCGGUGGUGACGCACAAAGAGAAGUUGGCAUAGUGUCCUUUAAAGGCAGCAGAGGCUCCAAUCACUGUGUGCUGUGCCCUACCUUCACUCUGAACACACUCCUGCUCUGUUCUCCAGGCAGCACGGCAUCAGACGCUGCCUGGUACACUAACCUCCUCUCUCAGACAACUAAAAAUGCAUUGAGGAAAAAGUAUAGUAAAUAUUUUAUAUUUUUUAAAUGUGGCUAACCUGUUGUUAGUUCAACUGUCAUUGUAAUAAUGACAGACACAUAAGGUAUUACUGCUGUAUUUGCAUUGUACUGUGACAAUUCAAAUUUCAAAGUUUGCAUCUUUGAAAGCAGGAAAAAUUUGUUUUUUUUACAUGAUUAAAAAUAGUCUUUUUAUUUUUGUUUAUUAAUAUUGUUGUAAUUACAUACUGUACAAGCAUGCGCUACAAUUUAUUGAGCACACAUACUGUAUGGACUUUAAGUGCCUGUGUGUGCAUGUUUGAGUUUUUGCAUGCUUCUAUGCAUGUGUGUGCUUGCGUUUGUGUGUGUUGGCCAGCAGGCCUGCGCUGGUAUAUUGCCUACAGUCACUCACACUGCAGCUGUGUGAGAAUGUUCCAGGUUUGAAUGUUUAUAUACGCAAGGCACCUGGAGAGCACCACACCUUACUGAAAUCCAUAAACGUCAGCUGUUUCUGGCAUGCCCAGAAUGUCUUAUUUUUCACACCCACAUAUUGGUGUACAAGUAGCUGCUCAAAGAACUCUCCUAGUAUUAGUUCUCUGUGAAUUAACCAGACUGACAGAGAAUUCUCCCUCAGACUCUCUUCAGAUGUACAUACACUACCGUUCAAAAGUUUGGGGUCACUUAGAAAUGUCCUUGUUUUCGAAAGAAAAGCCGUUUUUUUGUCCAUUAAAAUAACAUCAAAUUGAUCAGAAAUACAGUGUAGACAUUGUUCAUGUUGUAAAUGGCUAUUGUAGCUGGAAACGGCAGAUUUUUUAUGGAAUAUCUACAUAGGCGUACAGAGGCCCAUUAUCAGCAACCAUCAGUCCUGUGUUCCAAUGGCACGUUGUGUUUGCUAAUCCAAGUUUAUCAUUUUAAAAGGCAAAUUGAUCAUUAGAAAACCCUUUUGCAAUUAUGUUAGCACAGCUGAAAAUUGUUGUGCUGAUAAAAUAAGCAAUAAAACUGGCCUUCUUGAGACUAGUUGAGUAUCUGGAGCAUCAGAAAUUGUGGGUUCGAUUACAGGCUCCAAAUGGCGAGAAACAAAUAACUUUCUUCUGAAACCCGUCAGUCUAUUCUUGUUCUGAGAAAUGAAGGCUAUUCCAUGUGAGAAAUUGCCAAGAUACUGAAGAUCUCGUACAACGCUGUGUACUACUCCCUUCACAGAACAGCGCAAACUGGCUCUAACCAGAAUAGAAAGAGGAGUGGGAGGACCCGGUGCACAACUGAGCAAGAGGACAAAUACAUUAGAGUGUCUAGUUUGAGAAACAGACACCUCACAGGUCCUCAACUAGCAGCUUCAUUAAAUAGUACCCACAAAACACCAGUCUCAACGUCGACAGUGAAGAGGCGACUCCGAGAUGCACGGUAGUGUAUAUUUCUGUGCAUCAUCUGGAGUCAUGAUGUUAACCAGAGAUAAUGGAGUAUAUCAUAUGGAGAGCGUUCUAAAUGGAGACUGGCGUCCUGUGUUUACGUUAAAUAGGCAUGAUACACCGCCCUUCCCCUUAAUAGCCCCCUGUCUCAGUCAGAUUUUCUCUCAUUCAACACACUGGAUGAAAUGGUAGUAGUUACAAUGAUCAAUAGGUUAAGAACCGUACAAUCCCUCUCGCUGCUAAUGACCUCAGUAGUAAUGGAUAAUAAAAUGUGGACCGUAAUAGCCGUUUGCCGGGGCUCAGCCUGCCGUCUCUGGGUGUCUAGGGGUAGUUACAGUGGACCAGACACCCCCUCCAUGACAAGGAAAGGUGUGAGGCUGCUUGAACCAGAGGAUGUGCUGCUCAAGGUGUCAAAAUAAUGAUUUUAAUUGAAUAAAAUUCCAAUCCAAUUUGUAAUGAAAUUGUCAGUUAUUGAGAAGUGUGAAAUGGUAUAACAUAUUGUGUUAAUUCUAUUUUUCUACACUGGAUCUCUGUUAGACUCUAUAAAACAUGUACUAUCAAAUAAUCAUUAUACAAAUGGUUAACUACAUGUGAAAAUAACCCUGGUUAUAUUUACUGCCCUAACACUGACAGUAAAAGUAGAGAAUGUCAAAUCUAAAGUAGAUAGUUUCACUCAUGUAAUUUAAUAUAAAGCAUCAAAGAAAAUCCAUUAUUAUUUAUCCUUGGUGUGUGAGGUAAUUGUUAGUGGUGCUGAGGCAUUUUUUUAAAGGCAGUUCUAUAUCUAUCUCAUCACGUAAAGGGCUUAUACUGUAGCGAGACAUGUUGCCCAGUUGACCUUGAAAAUAGUUGAUCAAAAUUAGUGAUGCUGAGAAAAAAGCACAUCAGUGCAUAAUGACUGUGAAAUUAGGAAAGGGGGUCUUGACUAUGCAAAUGACAGGACAAGUCAUGUGAAAAAGUCAAGAUGGACUGCAUAUUAAGACGUAAUACAGGAGGAACUCAUAUAGCAUUUUCAUCCUCUCGUCGCCACCCACUGAAAAUGAGAAAUGUUAAGUGCGUUGGAUCCUGGGUGGUGUGUAACCUCCUCGAGUUUCCCCUACAGGAGGACAAAACACCUCUAAUCUCGCAGUGCGGAACAGCUCUCACUGAAGUUUACAGAGAGCAUCAGCAUCAGCGCCACGCCAUCCUGUUUGGCACCACUGCCCUUUCCAGUGCCGUGAGAUUACAAGCUGCUCAUUAUGACCCGUUUAGUUUUUGUUUUCUGUUCCAGUGGGGAAAAUGAAUCAGGUGAUAUGCAUGCAGCGUGUGUCACAGAACACCUCUCCUGCUAGAUAGAUUGGAAACAGCUAAAUUACAUUCAGAGAUGCAUAGAAAUUUCAAAGGGCCAUAAUUAGCUAUGAGGUCGCGGUACAAUUUGGGUAACCUUGGUGAAGACUGACUGUCAGCCCUAAUGUCUGCUCAGCCGGUGACAUCAGCCUCAGAGACACAGAGCACGGGUUUACCACACAUACACACACACACACACACCGCGACAUGUUAACAGUUGCAAAUGUGAGACGGCUAUCAAGUACAUCUCAGUAGCUGUUUGUCACUAAGAUGUCAGCGAAAAGGGCUUUUAAUGGUAUGGCACAUCACAGCUGUGAGUGGCAGCAUCCAGACACUCUGAGAAGCCACAAAGCCGCCGGAGCAAUUAAGGCAGCCUGACAACUGUGGGGAACUGUGGGGUUCUUUCAGUGUCAUAACAAAUCACUUGUUUUGUAGAGUCAUCCACUCACACCUUUCUGUUGGAGUUAGUUAGGGGCCUGUGUCAGUAUGUGUGUGUCCUUCUCCUGUCAUGGCGCCGCCGCUUUAUUUGUACAUUAAAUAAAUUGCCGUUGACAAUAUUCUAAUGAAAUGACAUGGCUUAUGUACACAGAGGUUCAUUGUAGCCUACAGUGUGUGGCCUAUCUUUGCAUUUACGGAUGUAGUAGCAGAUCACCUCAACAGAAACAAUCAAACCUUGGACAGCCCUGUUAGUGUUAGGUUGUGUGUGUCUGUCUGGACAGGGCUGUUGUGCUGAAGGUCGGGGGGGCUGUUGUAGAGUUUCCACAGGCUUACCACAGGCCAUCUCCUGUCAUUACUCCUCCUGGGUCUAGUAUCGUGUCAUUACUGCUCAGGGGGUGUAGCAUCUCUCGCUGUGAUGCCACUCCAGGUGAUUUCUCCAGUACAGACCAGAGGGGUUGAGGAGCUAUCCUGCGCUCUCUUUUGAGUGGCUGUUAUAGUGUGUGUAGCCCCUGACAAGUGGUCUGGUUGAGCUGCUGUAGUCUAUACCGGCUCUGCUUGUUGUCCUCCAGCUCGCUUUCUUUGCUAUGGUCAUAUAAUCCUAUAAAGCAUGUAUCCUGGCUAUGUCAGUUUUAUGCUGCACCACUGUCUCAGUAGACCAGGUUAGUGACUGCUCUGCUCCCUCUCGCUCUCUCUCCUCUCUCUCUCUCUCUCUCUCUCUCUCUCUCUCCCUCUCUCUCUCUCUCCUCUCUCUCUCUCUCUCCCUCUUCUUCUCUCGUUCUUCUCUUCUCUCUCUCAUCUCUCUCUCUCUCUCUCUCUCUCUCUCCUCUCUCUCUCUCUCUCUCUUCUCCUCUCUCUCUCUCUCUCUCUCUCUUCUCCUCCUCAUCUCUCGUCUAUCUCUUCGGUUUCUCAGUCGUCUCUCUGGCUUUAUCGUCCACCUCUCAGGUUCGAUAACUCUCUCUCUCUCCUCCAUCUCUCGUCGUGUUCCAUGUCAGUGGCUAUAUGACACCCAGUAUAACGCCUCAGCAAUCACAGAUCCUCCAGCAGCAGGUCCUGAGCCCUCAGCAGCUCCAGGUGCUCCUGCAGCAGCAACAGGCCCUCAUGUUACAACAGGUAAACACACGGGACAUUCAUACUGUACAUAAAACACAUCAACAUCCUCACACGAACCACCAUAUAAAGUGUUUUAAAGGGAACGAUCUACUGUGCGCUGCUGUUCCUUCUGAACAUGAGACUGUAUCAAAUAGAGAACAGCCAGAGUACUGAAAGUAUCCCCCGCGGCCAACUGCUGAGUUUAGCUUGGCCCUGAUACAUUGAUUGGUUGGUGAGCUCUCACUCAGACGUAGCUCCCAUGUCUUUUGCAGCAGCAACUCCAAGAGUUCUACAAGAAGCAGCAGGAACAGCUCCACCUCCAGCUCCUCCAACAGCAACAUGUGGGCAAGCAGAGUAAAGAGGUAGGCUCACUAUGAUGACAUCAUCACCACCACCACCGCAACACACGCCACCGCUUUACUCAACUCAUAUGUUGCCCCGGCAGUACGAUCCUCAGCCAGCCAAGCCCAGAGCUCAGAGUAGCGCAUGGAAGGCAUGUGUUCUCUCCCUCUUUCCAUCUGUUCAGAGGCUGUGGUUUGACGAAGAAAAAAAGAGAGCGAAAGUAUCAAGUGCCGUUAUGCUUCUGAUUAGCAUGUCAGGCACGGUGGGUAAAUACCAGUAAUAACUGAAUAAACCAGGAAUACUGAUGGUCCCUCUCCUUCCAGGGGCUGGGGCUUGUACUGCUGCUCAGGCAAUGAAAGAAAUAACUACAUUUGUGCUGUUUAAUUGUUUGUUCUCUCCAGUAAACAAGUGUCCUACAACAUAGAGAGUGCCCUUCGUAUGAGCCCCCUAGGAAAAGAAAGGCAGAAAUGUCUAGCAUAUACAUCUGAGAGGCUUGCUUGGUCAUUAACGUGGAAAUGGCACGGGCAGAGAAGGUGUGUAAUUGUGAGAUAUCAGUGCGCUCCCAGCUUUGUUGCCCGCGCUCUCCUUUUCCCCCUCUCCCCUACCCUACCUCCAGUUCAGCCAGACUGGCUCAUCAGCGGCGGCUCAAUGCGUGUUAAUGACUCGUGGAUACAGGCAUCACUCUGGACAAAUCAAUUAUUAUUGUGCGGUCAAAAUUUUAAAGUUUAAAGACAAUCAGGGAAUUUUCUGUCUAAGAGCCACGUUUUGGGGAGGGUGAGGAAAAAAGCAUAUAAAUUAAGCCAAAUAUUAUUCACACACAUGCUCUCACAUACGCACGCACACACACACACACACACACACACACACACACACACACACACACACACACACACACAUACACACACAAACACUGUUGAAGCUACCGACUUCAAAGUCCCAUCUCUCUAAUUAAUGAACUGCAGGCUUCAGUUUGGACAAGCUGUGGUGUGAUGCUCCCAUAAAUCAACGUGACAGCAGAGCUCCUCGGCCUCAGAUAGGGCCUGUCACCAAGUGGCAUCUGAUGUAAACACAACUGGAGUUUGAGAGGGAGGGGGGUACUAGUCAGAAGGAGGUGCAAUUGAUCAGCUGAACGGAGAACUUUUGAAGUGUAUUAUGUAUGAUCACAGGAAAUGGAUGCAGCCUCGAGAGGCUGUCCUUCUGCUCUCUGAUGUGUUGCUUUUUUCCCUUUUCUAUUGCAUUUCUAGCUGCUGCAACCAUCAAAAGACAGAAUAAGAAUCACGCCGCAACUCCCCUGUGGCAGGCAGACAAUAACCCCCUGUUGUUGCUUUGUGCCUCUUUUUAUUUUAAAGACAUCAAAAUGUAGUUUUUCAAAGAUCUUUAACUUUGUAUUUGAAGCUUGACAAUAAAGGGCUGCCACUCUUUAUCCUUGUCAGGAACUGUAUUUUUCUCUCCCUCGUGCCACUUCUUGUUAACCUCUUAUUUGGUCUAUAGGGCCUGGGGUUUAAUGUGUCUGCACGCUGGGAGAGCACGGGAGCUGCUGUCAGCUGAUGAGUCCACAAGAAAGAAAUCUUGAAGGGGAGAGAGUUAAAUUCAGUUGCAAUUUAAAAGCCACCCUAUAUUUAUUUAGGGCACUGAUGAAAGACAUUGUUCCCUGUUAACUACCGCCCCCGUAGUACCAGUAGCAUCUUUGUCUUAUGCUGUCAGACAGAAGGGAGCUACAGUACAGAGAAGAGUCCCAUUGAAGACAUUAAUAUUCCACUACAUAAUCCUCCUGGUCAGACUAACGUAUCUGAUCCCUGGCCGUGACCCCCCUCUCCGAGGGUGUCUCAGGGGGAGUGGGAUAUGCAAAAAAACACUUUUCCAUUUCACACCUCACACUUGUACAGGAGUGAAACAGGACAAAUAUAAACACCCCCUGUUUGACCUUUUGAAAUGAGAAGGCCUCUCCACAUCAGACCAGUGUAGUGUACUGUAUUGUGUUCAGGGCCUGUGGGGCAGGAGGCUUGGUGAGGGGAAGGGAAGCCCAGCCCGGCAGACCUUUGACAGGCAAACCAGGACGUGCGGAGGGGGGAACAUUUUAUCUGGCUAUUUCAGCGGUUUCUGAGCCGCCGGCGGGUGACCUGACAGCAGCGUUGCACCGAGACCUUUUUUGUAUGCGCUCAAUUGUGAGAAGUAAACAUAGUGGUGUAUCCUGUGUUUGGUAACAGGGUGCGGUGCACAGCUUGGCAGCCUGGGUUGCUUUUAAUGCCCCCCACCCCGCCUUGACAACUGGCCCUGUGUACUCAUAUACUGCCUAAUAUCCUGCCCUCUCCCAGGCUUAUUUUGUUUGGCCGUCCUUAUGUAUCAUAGAAAACAUUACAAGGUGAUCUUUGUCUUGAUUGAUCGUUAUCUCCUGUUGUUGUUUAAGGAAUAAUACAUAUUUUGAUGGUGAAGCUGAGACUGGGGUUAAUGGAAGGGUUAAAUGGCCAGUCUCUCCACUCCUCCACUCCUCUGUUACCUAAACAACAUCUCCCCAUUUGUUUUGAUUUGGAAAAGAUUGGGGAUGUAUUAGAUAAUUUCCUCCUGUUUAUUGUUCUGACUACACCGCAAAGCUCUCUCUCUCUCUUUCUCUCUUUCUCUCUCUCUCUCUCUCUACUCCCUCACUUCACACAUUCCACUUUCUAGAGUCAAAUUCAAUUGUUCAAGCUCAAGUCAAAAAUACAUAUUUCAAUGAAGACGCUCUAACUUUCUCAGAACGUUGUAGACAUAGUACUGUAAGAUGAGCAAACGUCGGUUCUUCAGUCACUCUAUGAUUCAACUCAACUUGCUGCAUUGGGGGGAAAGAAACACCUCCCCGAGCUCAGUGCCAUGCCUGAGAGAGUUGUGAGACUAGCUGGUGUGGUUAUUAAACACUUUGAUUUAGUCACACGUUGUUUGCUGAAUUAUGAAUAGGUGUAAUUAAAAUCUUGUGGCUCUUAUUAUGAAUGAUUAACUAUGUUGUUUAAUUGUUCGUCAUUUACCUCCACACUCCUCGUUAAUUAAGAGAGAGAGGGACAUAUACUGCACCUGUUCUGAAGUGUGCUCAGACAAACCCACAUACUGUAGGGUGCUGAAUGUGUGAGAGUGUAUGUGGUGUGGUUUGAUGUGUUCGAUUGGGAUUGUGUGCGUGUGUGCGUGUGAGUAAGCAUACUGUAAUCUGUAUGUGUUAUCAUAGGGGCUAUCGUGCAAAAGCAAAUGUUCAGACAUACAGUAUACACUGGGAUCAGCAUGUGUUUGUCCGUUGGAUCAUUAUAUGUUCUUUAUAUAUGAACACGCACUAGAACUUGCCUGUUUCUGUGUUCAAUCAAUAUGUACAGUCCAUAAUAGUAUGAAAAUGAUGUAUUUUUUGUUUGCUGUGGAUCACGCAUGUCCUGUGUGUGUGUUUGCUCAUGGUGUGUCCCUGUGUGUGUGUGUGUUUGUUUGUGUGUGUGUGUGUGUGUGUUUGUGUGUGUGGUCCUCAGCAGCAGCAGCAGGCCCAGCAGUUGGCCUUCCAGCAGCAGCUCAUGCAGGUCCAACAGCUCCAGCAGCAGCACCUGGUCAACCUCCAGAGACAAGGCCUGCUCACCAUCCAGCCUGGACAGACCGCCCUGCCCCUGCACUCGCUCACUCAGGGUCAGUACUCUACUCUACUGUACUGCACAACACACCUCCACACAGGGGAUUAUACUGUGUGCUACACCUGCACCCAACACACACACACACACACACACACACACACACACACACACACACACACACACACACACACACACACUCUAAAAUACCCUACAUUCACUUUGUCCCAAUGAUACACAUCAUAUUGCAUCUGCUUUGACUACAGUAUACACCUUAUGUAGUGCCCUCUAACUCUUGUUAGAAGUGUUCCCCACCUACCCCCAUGUUUUAUUUAUACUGCAUGUACUGUAAUGUGUAUCUUCCCUGUUCCUCUCCUCUGACUACCAUGGUGUAGAGAUGCCCUCUCCCCUCCAGUCUCUGGUCUCUCCAUUCAUACCUUUUCCUUAGAAUGACAUCAUACUGGGUGUUGACCUGGUGGAAAUCCCUCCUCAGGCUAGAGAAAGACUGGAACUAAUGAGUACGGUUACAUGCCCAUAAUAACACAAAUACUGUGGAUAGUCAGAUUAAUAUAAUCGUUUAUUAAAAAAUGUACAUGCUUUGCAAGAAGAAUGAUUUCCCUAAUAAUCCUCUUUCCAUGGACACAUCUGAAAUCAGGCUCCCAUAAAUGCAGAACAUUUGCUGAUCAGAAUAAAUGUUGUUGUCAGAGUGCUGUGUGUGGAUGAGUGUAGGGAAUCAAGCGCAGGAACCAGGAUUACUUCAACAGACUUUAGUAAAUCCAAAUCAGGUAAAGAGUCGCCAACCCAACCGGGCGGCGCGAACAAUUACGCACAAACACAGUGCGGAAAACAAGAAAAAGUGCACGCAGUGCGAACUCUCGAAAAUGACAACAAACGAGAGAGAACAAACUCCUCUGUGGCAAGCUGACAAAAUACAAUCACGCAUAACACCUGACCCAAACAAACAAAACUAAAUAGGGAACAUAAUCAAACACAAACAAGGGACAGGUGUUACAAAGAGACCAAACCAAACGAACAUGAAACAUAGAACGGUGGCCGCUAGUACUCCGGAGACGACGACCGCCGAAGCCUGCCCGAACAAGGAAGAGGAGCAGCCUCGGCCGAAACCGUGACAGUACCCCCCCCUUGAUGCGCGGCUCCAGCCGUGCGCCGACCCGGGGCUCGGGGACGACCCGGACGACGCGGAGCAGGGCGCGCAGGAUGACCCCGAUGGAACUCGGUCAGCAGGGACUGGUCCAAUAUGUCCCUCCUUGGCACCCAGCACCGCUCCUCCGGGCCGUACCCCUCCCACUCCACGAGAUAUUGAAGACCCCCCAUCCGGCGUCUCGAAUCAAGGAUGGACCUCACGGUGUACGCCGGAGCCCCCUCGAUGUCCAACGGGGGCGGAGGAGUCUCCUCUAUCUCAUACUCCUGGAGUGGACCAGCUACCACCGGCCUGAGGAGAGACACAUGGAACGAGGGGUUAAUAUUCCUAUAGUCAAUAGGCAGUUCUAACCUGUAACACACCUCGUUCAACCUCCUCAGGACUUUGAAUGGCCCCACAAACCGCCGACCCAGCUUCCGGCAGGGCAGGCGGAGGGGCAGGUUUCUGGUCGAGAGCCAGACUCGAUCUCCAGGUGCGUACACAGGCCCCUCACUGCGGUGGAGAUCGGCGCUCGUUUUCUGCCGACGGAUGGCCCGCUGCAGAUGUACGUGGGCAGCGUUCCAUGUUUCCUCCGAGCGCCGUACCCAUUCAUCCACCGCAGGGGCCUCGAUCUGGCUCUCGUGCCAAGGUGCCAGAACCGGCUGGUACCCUAACACACACUGGAAAGGGGUUAGUUGGGUGGAGGAGUGGCAGAGAGAGUUCUGUGCCAUUUCGGCCCACGGAACGUAUCUCGCCCACUCCUCCGGCCGGCCCUGGCAAUAAGACCUCAGAAACCUACCCACCUCCUGGUUAACACGUUCAACCUGCCCAUUACUCUCCGGGUGGUAACCCGAGGUAAGGCUUACCGAAACCCCCAACCGUUCCAUAAACGCUCUCCACACUCUGGAGGUGAACUGGGGGCCUCGGUCAGACACUAUAUCCUCGGGUACCCCGUAAUGCCGGAAGACAUGGGUAAACAGAGCCUCAGCGGUCUGUAGGGCAGUGGGUAGACCCGGCAUGGGAAGGAGACGACAGGCCUUCGAGAACCGAUCCACAACGACCAGGAUGGUAGUAUUCCCCUGUGAGGGGGGAAGGUCGGUAACAAAAUCCACCGAGAGGUGGGACCAGGGUCGUUGUGGAAUAGGCAGGGGUUGUAGCUUACCCCUGGGCAAAUGUCUGGGCGCCUUACACUGGGCACACACCGAACAGGAGGAGACAUAAAUCCUCACAUCCCUAGCUAACGUUGGCCACCAGUACUUCGUGCUAAGGCAGUGCACUGUCCGGCCGAUACCCGGAUGGCCAGAGGAGGGGGACGUAUGAGCCCAACAAAUGAGGCGAUCGCGUACCUCGAGCGGAACGUACGUCCGACCCACUGGACACUGUGGAGGACUUGGGUCGGUGUGUAACGCCCGCUCGAUCUCGCCAUCAACCUCCCACACCACCGGUGCAACCAGACAAGACUCUGGUAGUAUGGGCGUGGGCUCAACGGACCUCUCCUCCGCGUCAUACCGCCGAGACAGAGCAUCUGCCUUCCCGUUCUGGGACCCAGGGAUGUAUGUGAUUUUAAACACAAACCGGGCUAGAAACAUAGUCCAGCGGGCCUGGCGAGGAUUCAGUCUCCUAGCUGCCCGGAGGUACUCCAGGUUACGAUGGUCAGUUAGAAUGAGGAAAGGGUGUUGAGCCCCCUCGAGCCAAUGCCGCCACACCUUUAGGGCCUGUACCACGGCUAACAGCUCCCUGUCUCCUACGUCAUAAUUCCGCUCCGCCGGACUGAGCUUUUUAGAAUAAAACGCACAGGGAUGGAGUUUAGGUGGAGUGCCAGAACGUUGGGAAAGAACGGCCCCUAUACCGGCCUCUGACGCGUCCACCUCUACCUGGAACGGUAAAGAGGGAUCCGAAUGCGCCAACACCGGCGCCGAGGUAAACAGGUCCUUCAGUCUCCCAAAAGCCCUGUCCGCCUCAGCUGACCACCGCAAGCGCACCGGACCCCCCUUUAACAGAGACGUUAUGGGAGCUGCCACCUGUCCAAAACCCCGGAUAAACCUCCGGUAAUAAUUCGCAAAACCCAAGAACUGUUGCACCUCCUUCACAGUGGUUGGGGUCUGCCAAUUACGCACAGCUGACACCCGGUCUACCUCCAUCUUCACCCCUGACGCAGACAACUGGUAACCCAGAAAGGAGACCGACUUCUGGAAAAACAGACAUUUCUCUGCCUUGACAUAUAGGUCAUGCUCCAAUAGCCUCCUCAAUACUCGGCGCACCAGGGCUACAUGCUCUGCUCGGGUAGGACUGUACACCAGAAUGUGGUCGAUGUACACGACUACUCCCUGUCCCUGCAUGUCCCGGAAAAUCUCAUCGACGAAGGAUUGGAAGACUGAGGGAGCAUUCAUUAACCCAUAUGGCAUGACUAGAUACUCGUAGUGUCCGGAAGUCGUGCUAAACGCUGUCUUCCAUUCAUCGCCCUCUCUAAUGCGCACCAAGUUAUAUGCGCUCCUGAGAUCCAAUUUUGUAAAGAACUGCGCACCGUGCAGUGACUCCGUCAUAGUCGCAAUCAGAGGAAGUGGAUAGCUGUACUUCACCGUAAUCUGAUUGAGACCGCGGUAAUCAAUACACGGGCGCAGACCUCCAUCCUUUUUCUUCACAAAAAAGAAACUCGAGGAAGCGGGUGAAGUGGAGGCCCGUAUGUAUCCCUGUCUCAGAGACUCAGCGAUGUACGUCUCCAUUGCCUUCCUCUCCUCUUGAGACAAGGGAUACACAUGGCUCCGCGGGAGAGCUGCUCCUGACUGGAGAUCUAUCGCACAAUCCCCCCGUCUAUGAGGCGGCAGCUGCGCCGCCCUAGUCUUACUAAACACCAGUUUCAAAUCCUCAUACUCGGGGGGAAUAUGCAGUGCUGUCAUUAGAUUCGGACUUUCCACCGAGGUCGCCCCUAUGGAAACACCCAGACACCGCCCCUCACACUGGGCAGACCACCCUUUAAGAGCUUUCUCUCGCCACAUAAUAGUAGGGUCAUGGGUCAUCAACCAGGGAAGGCCCAGCACUACCGGAUACGCAGGAGAGUCAAUCAGAUAGAGCUGAAUCGUCUCCUCAUGACCCUCCUGCGCCAUCAUUUGAAGGGGCGCUGUGACCUCCCUAAUCAACCCAGACCCUAACGGACGGCUAUCUAGGGCAUGAACAGGGAAAGGCUUAUCAACUGGAAGGAGGGGAAUCCCUAACUCUAUACAAAACUGGCGAUCUACAAAAUUCCCAGCUGCGCCUGAAUCUACCAGCGCCUUAUGCUGGGAACGAGGUGCAACCUGUGGAAAACAAACAGGCAAGGUUAGGUGCACGACAGAAAGCUCUGGGUAAGUAGGGCGCCUACUCACCUGGGGGGACCCCCCAAUGCGUGACCUGCCCUCUCCUCCACCGGGGACCCUCCCCAACACCUAGCCGCGGUGUGCCCUCCACGGCCACAGUUAGUGCAGGGAACGGCCCCCCUCGGGUUCCUACUCCUCCGUUCUCUAGCGCCAGCACCCCCGAGCUCCAUAGGGCUCGGCUCGGAGGUGCUGGAGAGUGGAAUGGGCGAACCCCACCCGGGACGUCCACGGGUGGCGAGCAGGGUAUCCAGCCGAAUGGCCAUGUCGACAAGUUGGUCAAAGGUCAACGAGGUGUCCCUGCACGCCAACUCUCGCUGGACGUCCUCCCGGAGGCUGCACCGGAAGUGGUCUAUAUGGGCCCGCUCAUUCCACCCUGCAUCGGCCGCUAGAGUCUGGAAUUCCAAGGCAAAGUCCUGGGCGCUCCUCAUCCCCUGUCGGAGGUAGAACAGACGCUCCCCCGCCGCCUUCCCCUCUGGUGGAUGGUCAAACACAGCACGGAAGCGGCGGGAGAACUCCGCAUAGGUAGUGGUAGCGGCGUCCAUUCUCCUCCAUUCGGCGUUGGCCCACUCCAACGCCUUGCCGGUGAGACAGGAGAUGAGGGCUGAGACGCUCUCGUGUCCCGAGGGCGCCGGGUGUACGGUGGCGAGGUAGAGCUCCACUUGCAGCAGGAACCCUUGACACCCGGCAGUGGAGCCGUCGUACGCCCUCGGGAGCGAGAGCCGAAUCCCACUGGGUUCCGGAGAUGGGACAGGAGGACUGACCGAUGGGGAUGGUUCGGUAGGUGGGGUCGUGGGUACCCCGCUGGUUUCCCAUCGGUUGAGAGUGUUCAUCACCCCCUCCAGGGCAUGACAGACCUGGUUAAUCCGAUCCUCCUGCCCACGAAGACGUUCCUCCAUACCUGCUGUUGGCGCGGUCGCUCCUGCUGAUUCCAUGGAAUGAUGCGUGAUUCUGUCAGAGUGCUGUGUGUGGAUGAGUGUAGGGAAUCAAGCGCAGGAACCAGGAUGACUUCAACAGACUUUAGUAAAUCCAAAUCAGGUAAAGAGUCGCCAACCCAACCGGGCGGCGCGAACAAUUACGCACAAACACAGUGCGGAAAACAAGAAAAAGCGCACGCAAUGCGAACUCUCGAAAAUGACAACAAACGAGAGAGAACAAACUCCUCUGUGGCAAGCUGACAAAAUACAAUCACGCAUAACACCUGACCCAAACAAACGAAACUAAAUAGGGAACAUAAUCAAACACAAACAAGGGACAGGUGUUACAAAGAGACCAAACCAAACGAACAUGAAACAUAGAACGGUGGCCGCUAGUACUCCGGAGACGACGACCGCCGAAGCCUGCCCGAACAAGGAAGAGGAGCAGCCUCGGCCGAAACCGUGACAGUUGUACCACAGCGAACAUGUUAUUUUUGCGAAGCCUAUUUGAUUCUGAGUUCGGACAUAAAUUAUAAAGUUUGUAUGUGAAAAGUAUUUCUAAGAUGCAUACUUUCAGUUUUUCCGAACUCACUUCACUCACGCUGCCGGUGCUAGCACAUGCGCAGAUCUAAUACACAGCUGGAACUCCGAUUAAGGUGUUUACAUGUUCUAAUCAUUCAAACGGUUGCUCAGAAAACCAGGCAUUUUUGGCCUUGCGCCGAUUAAGAUAAGCAGAGUAAGGUGUUUACAUGACUAAUGCCAUACUCAGCCCACUGCCAUGUUUAAUAUCGAAUUAUUAGUAUGCGUGUAAACAUACUCAUUGUUACUAAACUGCCACUGAAAUAUCCCAUAAGGGGAUGGUGGUGUGAGUCAACGCUUGUUGUUUAGCCAGGAAGUUUAUUUCUUUAUUUGUUUUUAAUAUUUUCUUAAGGAGCAGCCCUAUGACAAAGCUUCCAUACCAUUUUGGAACAAGACAUAGACUAUUCAUUCCAGGCUAAGACAAACAGUAAGAUAAGGCGAUAAAGUGGAAGGGCUGGGGAGCUUAGGUAAUGGACAAACAAAAACAGGGUUUGUACAGUCAUGUCAUUGUUUGGACUGUGUAUGGAAUCAGAAGAUUGCCAUAGGCACAGGCGUGAACCACUGGUGUGCUGCCUGUUACUGUACGCUUAUUAAUUACCUUGUGUCGUAUAUAUCUGGCAAACACACACGCCCUUUGAGUAAAGCAUUACACCAGUGAUAUGGCAGUUUACUGUUCUUUAUGGAAUUGCACAACAGUUACUGGACUCCUGUUGACUGUUUGAUUAUGCCUGGUGUCAUCAAAUACCUCUUAGGCCGUAUCACACCACGACUAAUAGCAAACAGGACAGUAUAGCCAUACACUCUUGGUUUGUUCGGCCAUGUUUUGUCAGAUAACAGUUUAAGAUACAAAUAAGGUAUCGUUGCUCUUUGUUAUUAUUUAUACAACCUCAAAUGAGGAAUUGAACCUUACCACACAGUAUGUUGGUUGGUUUCACUAUUUUACUGAGUGGAACCUGGCUAGCCUGCCAUUGGAAACCAUUGAUGUUAGCUCUGUGUAAGACAGCUGUUAAAACACUUACCAUCAGGCUGAGUUUCCCUUCCUAUUCUACACAUUUUCUGCUUGACUGUUUGAAGUUAUUGAUGACCUUUCUGUUUUCCACAUCACUAAACUCUUUCAUGCAUCAGCAGCCGAGACCUACAGAGCUGAGAUCUAAUCUACGAUAUUCAGCACAUAGUAAGCAGCACUGCAGCAAGAAUGUGUUCUGCUGCUCUGUUUGGACCAUGGUGAUUAUGUGUUUGGACAGAGGCGAUGAAUUAGGAUUACUUUUAUACACUGAGGUGAUCAGACAGAGAUAUGCUUUUUUUCCCCCUUUAUUCAAAUUCAGAUAUCACAAUCAAAUGAUUUCAAAAUUCAAUCUCUCAUGGCGUUAUAAUUGUAUUGUGCUGUCAUGGUGUUCUGGGACAAUAGAUUUAACAAAAAUAUUUAACAGCCGCCCUGAAUGUUUUAGAAUAAGGAGGCGUGUAAUGCAUACUUUGAAAAUAUUGUACAUGUAUAACAUGGUUUAUUUUUUGUAUUGUUUUGUCUUAUGCUUACUGGAAAUGUUGAUAGAGACAGUAUAAAACAUUUUCAUUACAAAUAGACAUGAAUAAUCACAUAGAGUUAUCAUUGAGGAGUGCUACUUGGAUGACAACCAAUUGUUCUCUUUAUCUGGACUUUAAUUUGUUUCUCUCGCGGUAAAUUCUUUUGACAUUAAUGUUCAAAGUCUUGGAAGCAGUCAGACAAUAUCUGUUAUAAAUUACAACAAUGUGUUUGGGGAGGAUAUAACUCCCAUAAAUAUACAUUUGAUCCAGCGUCCACCUCCCCUCCUCCCCCCAAAAGCCUUUCCUCUUGACCUGUGGAGAGUGAGUGAGACAGCAGUGUUCGCGCCGCUCUGCUCUCCCAGGUGCAGCUGCCAGGUGUGUGUGUAUGUGCGUGCGUGCGUGUGCGCGUGUGUCGCUGCUCGCCCCUCUCUGCGCCUGCCCUGAUUGGCUGAAGUGUGUUUUGUGGCUCCAUGGCCUCCCAGGUGGCGCUGUAACAGGCUGAGCUCUCAUCUCUGGAGAACAUUAGUUAGGUUGUCCAGGAGAGGGCAAUGGGACAGUGACAAGACAAAUGCAAAGAAUGUGGCGAAGUACGAAGCCGUUCUCAGUGCAGCAGCGGCACAUCAGGGACAGCGGUAGGUAAUACGCUCCCCCAGUCAGUGAUUGAUUUGGAAAGCAGCGCGACACUGGUAAUAGUUCCUACAGCAUUAGGAGGGAGCAUAUUUUAGGUGCAUAUCACUAGGCCAGUGAUUACAGGAACAUAAACAGGGGUGCACCAGAGAUCAAAUAGUGGUGUCACCGUCCCCCCGUGGUAUUGGCUCUGCAGAGUUGAAAGAGCCCAGAGUAUAGGGGCUAUGUUUUAUUCUGUGGAUGAUGUCAUUAUGAACCUUAAAUCAACUUUCUGCUUGCUUGAACAUGGUCACCUGGGUACGGCGAUACAAGGACAAGAAAAGGUUGAAUAGCGCGGCCUGUCUGGGUGCCAGAGCUACCUGCAGAGGUAAAAUUGAGUUGCCAGGCCGGUGAUCAAUCAAGUGUCCCAACAACAUACAUUUUUUAAAGUGCUUGUCUGUAUUUCCAACCUAUAAUGAGUGGAAAGCGUUGUUGAAAAAUGGAAAAAGGAGGAUAAACCAAUCCCGUAUUUGAAAAUACUGGAGAUACAAAAAAGGAUUUAGAGAUCACUGUUAUACUGUAUGUCUACCAUAGAAAUCAGAUGCUGCCUUCUCAGGUCAAAUAAAAAGCAGUUUGUCCAAACCUAGAUUAUAAUACUAUUUGAGAUUUUCAUAGCACUACAUUUUAUUGUCAUUCAUGGUGUUAUCUUGAACGACCCUCGGUAUCAAGAGAUCCAAUGAGGGCAAGGUAGUUUAAUAAGAGAAGGACAUGGGAGUGGAGGAUAGAGGGGGAGAGAUAGAGAAAUAAAGGAGACCGCUUGGUCCCAGUCCGUUACCUCUAUCAUCAGAGGAGUCUAUGGGACCUGUUUCAUCUGAGUAAACAGUGGUGUCGGGGUCACCAGGACUGGCUGGUAAUUGAGGGAGAGUGGGCUGCCCUGUCAGCCACACAGGCUAAAAAUACAUUGCCCACUGUCACUGGGCACAAAGUGGGGUGGGGGGGGAAUUAUUGUUCCCGCUGUCGAAGCACAGGACACUCGCUCUACCAGUGACCUUCCCCAUCCAGACAAACCAUCAUCAUAGAAAACUUUCCCUCCAGGGAUCCUUCCCUCCAUCAAAAGUACAAUGGGCCUUUAAUAAGACAAGUGAGAAGCAACAAACGAAGGAUUAGCAUGCUUUUGUGCAAACAGAAACAUUUGGCAUGUUUUGUCUAUCAGGGCUGUGUCCUUCGAUGAAGGUACGUCAAGGAGUAAGACAGAAAGAGAGACAGAGAGAAUACAGGGCACGCAGAAUAGAGGUGAGCACGUGGAAAGGUUAUUGAUUUGUCCUGCAAUCAUUUCCUGCUCUUUGAUAUGCAAACGACCUAGUGUGAAUUUACAGCAAUCCUAUCAGACUCAUUUCACAGUCUCUCUGGAGUCCUUCGCAUCAUUAGGCCAAUGUUCUCCAUUACAAGCAUAAUUAAAAUCUUUAGUAGCUUAUCAAAUUAAAAAUACUUUUGCUGAUCGUAUUGAGAUCUUCACCUUACAUUUAUUUUCCACAACAGGAAUAAAUUUAGACUAAGCAUUUUGCAAAAUGUAUUAGGAUCUGGCGCUUGAAAGGGCCACUUCUGGUAUCUAUAGGGAAUAUAAACCCAACCGAGAUAAGCAUGUGCAAAUCAUCUUUCAUUUGCCAUUGCUCAUUUUGAGAAUAGAUUUUAAUCAUUGUAAUAUUAAACGAGUGGUCUUGCCCAUCCUGUCAAAUGUGCACACAUUCCCAUAUUGGAUAUUUUAAUAUGCUAUAAAAAAUAUGGAUUAACCAAAUACAUUUCUGAACCACAAUACAAACGGCUAGAGAACCUCACGGGCAGAUUUUUUUCUUCUUCUUCUUGUCAGCUUUUGCCUAAUUUAUGUCAAAUGAAAGCAAGCUUCUCCUGCUAGUGGUAACAGACACUAUAUAUACGGACACAUACACAUGUACAGUCCAUUGUGUGCAAACAAUGGCUAGGUUCUCUCAGGCAUGGAAACUGGGGUGUACAAACACAACAUUAUUCUUCCUCAUCCCCAAUCUGGCCCAGGGUGUCAGCAUGGCUGUCAGACAGCAGCACAGAAAACACGCUCUCACUGUGUAUGUCUUCCGACACAAGAAAAUGUCUUCUGUCUUCAAGGGAUGUUUUUCUUUAGAAGGCUGCUGUGUUAGCUGCAAUGUGCUUGACUCGUUAAAUGAGGUUUAAGUCUUCUGUGUCAAUUGGAGGCGGUGCAGAACUUUAAGUAUAUUGCACAUUAAUGCGCUUUUGAGAAUAUUACCCCAGGGUCCUGUUUCUGAAGGAGGUGGGGUGGUGUGGGCUGUUUUGGUUGUAAUGUUGCUAUUGUAAACUUUUUGUGUGUGUUCUGCCUCUCCUCUUGUAGGAGAAAUGAUGGUGAUUAUUCAGAUUUCAUGCCUUGUCUGGAUGCUAAUUAUUUACUGUGGGCAUGAAAUGCGUGUGAAUGCCAGGGAUUUGUGCAUACAAACACGCUUCAGAUCACAGAGAGAGAGCAGGGGGGAACAAGCGCUCUCAGUGCAUUACCCUCUAGUGGAAUAUUUUCUAAUUAAUACUCAGCUUUGUUUACAGACCCUUUGAUUUAAUUAUGUAACAAAGAGAGUUAGAUUAGCUGUUAAUUGAUUUAAUUAUCCAAUUUGUUUGUUUCAGGCAUAAAUCCAGCAGAGCUUCAGCAGCUGUGGAAGGAGGUGACGAAUUUGAAGGAAGAGAACAGCAGCAGCAACAAUGGCCGCCGCGGCCUGGACCUGUCCUCGCCACAACCCCCCAAGAACCCCCUCCUCAACCAACACGCCUCCACCAAUGGACAGUACAUGAGCCAUUCUCUGAAGAGAGAAGGGUGAGUCUCUCUCUUGUCUGUCGUCCGCUUCCUCCCAACCCAACAGCUUCAGUGUAACAAGCUUGGCACAAUAGGGUUUAUAUUUCCAGGGAAUGGUUUGUGACUGAAUGUGUCACUAAGGAAGUUGUGCUCAUUGAUUUAACAUGAAAGAAAUCACAGAUUAUGAUAUUCGCCACAAUCUGACCUCUUUUUCUAAACUGGGGUGCAAUUAGGCAUGCAUACGUCCUUUCUACUUUAUGAAACAAAACUUGAACUCAUUAGGUAUGACAUUCUCUUUACUGUCAUCUUUGACUAAAGAAAACAGGAGGCCUACAUAUUCCCCAUUUAAAACUGCAAUUCCUUGAAGGGGCCUGAGUUGAUGGACAUGUUCCCAUAGGGCUUUGCCCACAGAUGAAUAUUAAUUUAUAGUUUGUAAGUACCUUACUGUUUUCAUUAAGACACAAGCUUGUUCUGUGUGUCAGAAUCCGCCUGGGGAUUGCAGUGAAACACCUGGGAGCGAGGGAGUGAUUUGGACUUCAGAUUGCAGUAAUGGAAAUGGGAUCAGCACACUAUUAAUUAGAGGGUCAAGGGUGCUGUUAUUUCAGUUGCACUUAGGAAACUGCAGCUGUGACAUGCAGGGCUCUGUUUGGUUAAAUAAAAUUCAAAUUACCAACGUCCUCUCAACAACAGAUAAACAUACACCCUGCAACCUUCGCUGUCCUUCCGGAUAGUGACGUUUAUGACAACUAGCCUUCUGUAGGUGUGGUGUUCAGAACAUAUUGAAGCAGAGCAAUUCAGACACUACAGUUCAUCGACUUUAUUCUUUAUUCAAAUAAUACUUAUAAUUUAUAUUAGGUAAGUAAAAUACAUUCCAACCCUAAUCAGAAUAUGUCAAACAGAGACUGUUUAAUAUUACAUUAUGUAAAAAAUACACUAUAAAUAUUUGAAAACUAUGUUGAUCCGAUGUAAGAUGUAAUAUAUAUGUCAGACAACCCCUCUUUUCCCUGGAUGCUUGACGUGAUAUUUGUACGUUUUCAGAAACAUUUCCCUGAGCCGCUAUGUCUUUAAGGAAAGAAUUAAUUUGGCAUCCAACACGUUGACUUGUUUUCUUGCACUGAGGCGCUGAUCUCUGAACUGCUGGUGAGGAGCCUCCAGGCACCAUGAGCUCACUGCACAACAUCUGACUUGUGUUUCGCUGAUCAAAACCUAUGUGUCAUUAUGAAAGCACUGCAGAUGAAAACACGUUUAGCACUCUAAACCAUCAAGCCUUGGGAGGUGAAGAGGGGUUCAAACACAGACAGACAGAUAGUGUUCAAUGGUAGUAGUGGGGAGAUACAGGCCUGCAUGGAGAACCUGACUAAAUGACUAUCUCACACUGCUCUCAAUCGUAAUGGGUGAACUUGGAAUGCCUUAUUUGGAAAGAAAAUAAAUGCUAUAUGUUUUACUGAUUAUGGGAUACUAGUUCAUCACAUAUAUUUAUUUCAAGAUAAUGUGAGACAUUUUAGGUCAAGUGGUGUGACAUCAGUAUUUUGACACUCCUUUCAUAUAUUUUGACUAUGAGGUCUCACAGAAUGUCCACAUUUCACUGAGAUAUUACAUGGAAACACAGAUAGAUCCCCCUCCGUCCUUUUCACACACUGUCUCAGCCACGCGCACACGCACACUCACACACACUCACUCACUCACACACACACUCACUCACACACACACACACACACACUCACACACACACACACACACACAUACACACACACACACACACACACACACACACACACACACACACACACACACACACACAGCGAGCUCCAGUGACACCUCUCCUAGCUCACUGCAGACAGUAUCCACAGGCUCUGGUGCAUCCAUCCAGUCAGUCAGUUAGUCAGUCAGUCAGCGCUCUAGUCCCUGUGGCUGAAGAUUAAUCGGAGGGGGAGAUAUUGACACGCUCCCUCCAUCACACGUCUUCAGAUGUGAACCAACAACAACACCCAUCAGUGGGAAGAGAGAAACAACAAGGCCCAGCUGAAGGCUCCAUGAAACAUUGGAGAAGACGUGUGUGAAAGGCUGACCCCCCCCCCCCCCCCCACCGACGCCUUGCGCUCCCUGACAGAGAUGAAAAAAGAAGUCAACACACGCUCAAUCUGGGGUUGAAUAUUCAGAGUAGAAACCCAAGCAGGUGAUUUCUCACCCAUCUCUCUGCUGUGGAUGGCAAAACAAGGUUUCCAAACCCGGCUUUAAAAUAUAGAUGACUGACAUAAAUGAGCAUAAUAAAAUCCCUAUUAAACACUGCAUGAUGCUUAUUUAAAUUCAUACAACCAAUAAUCCUUGCUUGUGUUAAUUUCCACGUGCUUAAAUCAUAUAACUAUAAAGAACAUUAUUCCUCUCUUUUGAUGAUGCAGACACCAUUCUAAUCAGAAUCCUUGCGAAUAAUAAAAAAUAAAGGAAAUAUUAUUAUGCGUGAUUAUUCCAUGCAAGGCUAUAAGAAAUGUCUGUUAUAAUCCAGGGAUUUGAAUAAUCAGGUUUUAGAUAAUGGCCUGGGCUGGGUGUAAAUAGAGAGCAUCCACUCAUCCUCCCAGCGCUGAACUUAAUGAACUUUUAAUUGAUGUGGUUUUGUAAGUCCUUUUGUCAUGCAACAGAAACAAGCCACUCUGCUGAUGGACCUGUUUUCCCGGCCGGGCUCAGAUUGGUUUACAGCAAGCUCUAAGUACCAUGUAGUUAGUUUCAUGUGUCAUAUAAAAUCUGCCCAGGCACAGCGACGCCUGCAACUAAAACCUUAAGUGCAUCCACAGGCAUCAUUCACAGCCUUUUCACUUCCGUCUUAAGGAAGGAGGAGAAAUUCAAUCACUGCCGGCGCAGAUGAGACUUUGCUCCAGCUUUUAGCAGCCUCAAAGAGCCCUCACUCACAGACAGGGAUUCUGACUGAAUCCACCCCAAAAUUGUGAAGGCAUGUUUGUCUGUCAUUCAUCCUGGUCCGAGUUUUGGCAUGUGAGGAGAGAAAUACCCCUGUGAGCCAGAUCGCUUAGUUCAAUGAUUUACUUAUUGGAAUGAAAUGCAUCCAAUCUGUAUCUGACUUUAAUUCCCCAACCCUGUGCUGUGCUCAUUUUGUGUGUGAGAGAGAGAUGGAGAGAGAGAGAGAGAGAGAGAUGGAGAUAGAAAGAGAAGGAGAGAGAUGGAAAGAGAGAGACAUGGAGAGAGAGAGACAUGGAGAUAGAAAGAGAUGGAGAAAGAGGGAGAGAGAGAGACAUGGAGAUGGAGAGAGAUGGAGAGAGAGAGACAUGGAUAUAGAAAGAGAUGGAGAGUGAGAGAUGGAGAGAGAGACAUGGAGAGAGAGAGAGGAGAGAGAGGAGAGAGAGAGAGAGAGAGAUGAGAGAGAGAGAAGAGAGUGAGAGAGAAGCGACAUGGAGAGAGAGUGAGAGAGCGACAUGGAGAGAGAAUGGAGAGAGUGAGACAUGGAUAUCGAGAAAAGAGAUGGAGGAGAGAGAGGGAAAAUGGAGAGAGAGAUGGAGAGAGAGACAUGGAGAGAGAGAUGGAGAGAGUGAGACAUGGAUAUAGAAAGAGAUGGGGAGAGAGAGACAUGGAGAGAGAGAUGGAGAGAGAGAGACAUGGAUAUAGAAAGAGAUGGAGAGCGAGAGAUGGAGAGAGAGAGACAUGGAGUUAGAGAGAGAGAAGCGUGGAGAGGAGAGACAUGGAGUUAGAGAGAGAGAGAGAGAGACAUGGAGAUAGAAAGAGAGAUGGAGAGAGAGAGACAUGGAGAGAGAGAUGGAGAGAGUGAGACAUGGAUAUAGAAAGAGAUGGAGAGAGAGAGACAUGGAGAGAGAGAUGGAGAGAGAGAGACAUGGAUAAAGAAAGAGAUGGAGAGAGAGAGACAUGGAGUUAGAGAGAGAGAGAGCGAUGGAGAGAGAGAGACAUGGAGUUAGAGAGAGAGAGAGAGAGAGAGAGAGAGAGAAAUGAGGUGGAAACUGAGCUGCACUUCCUAACCUCCUGCCAAAUGUAUGACCAUAUUAGAGACACAUAUUUCCCUCAGAUUACAGCGAUCCACAAAGAAUUUGAAAACAAACCCAAUUUUGAUAAACUCCCUUAUCUACUGGGUGAAAAACCACAGUGUGCCAUCACAGCUGCAAGAUUUGUGACCUGUUGCCACAAGAAAAGGGCAACCAGUGAAGAACAAACACCAUUGUAAAUACAACCCAUAUUUAUGUUUAUUUAUUUUCCCAUUUGUACUUUAACUAUUUGCACAUUGUUACAACACUGUAUAUAUACAUAAUAUGACAUUUGAAAUGUCUUUAUUCUUUUGAAACUUCUGAGUGUAAUGUUUACUGUUAAUAUUUAUUGUUUAUUUCACUUUUGUUUACUAUCUACUUCACUUGCUUUGGCAAUGUUAACACACGUUUCCCAUGCCAAUAAAGCCCUUAAAUUGAAAUUGAAAUUGAGAGAGAGAGAGAUGGAGAGAGAGAUGGAGAUAGAAAGAGAUGGCGAGAGAGAGAGAGAGAGAGAGAGAGAGAGAGAGAGAGAGAGAGAGAGAGAGAGAGAGAGAGAGAGAGAGAGAGAGAGAGACAUGGAGAUAGAAAGAGAGAUGGAGAGAGAGAUGGAGAGAGUGAGACAUGGAUAUAGAAAGAGAUGGAGAGAGAGAGACAUGGAGAGAGAUAUGGAGAGAGAGAGACAUGGAUAAAGAAAGAGAUGGAGAGCGAGAGAUGGAGAGAGAGAGACAUGGAGUUAGAGAGAGAGAGCGAUGGAGAGAGAGAGACAUGGAGUUAGAGAGAGAGAGAGGGAGAUAGAACGAGAUGGAAAGAAAGAGAGAGAGAGAGAGAGAGAGAGAGAGGGAAAGAGAAAGAGGGAGAUAGAAAGAGAUGGAGAGAUAGAGAGAGAGAUAGAGAUAGAAAGAGAUGGAGAGAUGGAGAGAGAGAGAGAGAGAGAGAGAGAGAGAGAGAGAGAGAGAGAUAGAAAGAGAUGUAGAGAGAGGGAUAUGGAGAGAAAGAGGUGUAGAGAGGGGUGUGUGAGGCGACGUGGCGCAGCGGCGCGCUGCGCGCUGGCGCGCGUCGCUCAGGCGACUAGCGAGUAUGGACGGAGAGAGAGAGAGAGAGAGAGAGAGACUCUUAGAAAAAAAGGUGCUAUCUAGAAUGUAAAAGGUUUCUUUGGCUGUCCCCAUAGGAGAACCCUUUGAAUAAAUGUUUUGGGUUCCAGGUAGAACUAUUUUGGGUUCCAUGUAGAAACCUUUUUACAGAGGGUUCUACGUGGAACCCAAAAGAGUUAUACCUGGAACCAAUAAGGGUUCUACCGGGACCCAAAAAGGGUUAUUCUAUGGGGACAGCCGAAUAACCUUUUGGAACCCAUUUUUCUAAGAGUGUGGAGAGAGGGAUAUUGAGAUAGAGAGAUGGAAAGAGUGAGAGAGACAUGGAGAUAGAAAGAGAUGUAGAGAGAGGGAUAUGGAGAAAAGAUAUGUAGAGAGAGGGAAUGGAGAGAGAGAGAGAGAGAGAGAGAGAGAGAGCGAGAGGAGAGAGAGAGAGGCGCGAGGCGCGAGGAGAGACAGCGAGAGAGAGGGAUCUGGCGAUAAGGAGAGCGGCGCGGCGGAGCGAGCGCGGAUACUCUCGCGCUCUCGAUCCGCUAUCUCGCCGCGCGCUCGCGCGCGCGCGAGAGAGCUGGCGCUCGAAAUCUGCUCGGGCCUGCCGCGCCUCGAUCGCGCUGGCGCGCGCGCGCUGGCGCCCCGCGCGCUCGAGGGGGAGCGAGGAUGAGGAGUGAGAGCAUCCUUCUCACAAAGCAUUUGGCCCACUUACUUCCCAGCAACCAUCAGUAACCACAGCUCAGGGACUUCAGCUCAGCAAUCUGUUAAAGAGAUAAAUAAUCUGAUUUGACACGACACGCCCCUCUCUUGCCUUUAAUUUGUCUUACACACGUAAAAUUAUAAUUAAAUAAUUUAGGAGUAAACCCUUGAUUGGUGGGAGAGAGGGGAGAAUGGAGUUGGGGUCUGGAGAGCCCCAGGGAGGCCACAGAGGAGCAGGCAGUCAUCAAUACCCACUCUGUUAGAUGAUAGACCGUGUUGUGACUGGCUUUCCAGACAGGCCAUGUCCAGACUCUGACCCAGCUUGGUAGAAACAUCAAUCCUCUCUCUGUUUGCUACCAAUAAUCACACUGAGUGCCCAAGUGUACUCUAUGGUCCCUAGGAUCAUGCCUUGUUGAUGAUCUAAGUCACCUUCCUCAAAAACAGACAGAUUGUGUACAGUGUGCUGGUUGUGUUUUUUGCCGGCAGUAUGGUAUGCCUAUGUGUUGUUGGUGUGUACGGAUGAACAACACCUGGAAGAUUCAGCCAUGUUACGUCUAGGUAGAGGAGCUUUUUGUUCCUAUUCUGUACAGGAUGCAGAUGACAUGGUUUCCCUCAUUGCUGUUACAAGAUCAUUAGAGUUAUCUUCCCCCAGGCAGCCUGACAAUAAUAGCAUCCUGACAGAUCUGCCCAGGGUGCAAGUCACAUUUAACUCCACUACAGGAUCUGAGAGAGAGAGAGCUGAGGAGAGGAGCUGAUUUUUCUCUCCUAGUACUGAAUGAGAAUGAGGUCACAAUAGGGAGAACCCCCCAGAAUCCCAGGCACUUCUCCUAUUACCCUAAUGUAGCUCAUUUGGUGUAAAUUCUGUCAUUUACCACUGUUUAGUCAUCUGCUGUUUAAAAGGGCCUUUCUGCUGCCAGCUCCUUCAGAGUUCUGUGCUCACUGACUCCCGGCACACACUCCACAAUUCAAUAUCUUAUUAAUACAGAAUUUACCAACAGGGCUACUCGGAAAGAAUAUAAAAAGCAUCUUUAAAUUAAAAGUCAGCGCUACAUUCACCAGUCCACACAUUUUCUUGUUAAAAAGUCAUUAUAAUAUAUCUUCUAUCAUCUAUUUAUUAGCUGUAUCAAAACAUAGGUCUUAAUGCAUAUGCAUAAUUCAUUUAAAAAUAUAUAUUUCAGAUUUUUUUUAUGUUAAACAUAUUCAUGAAUGCUUCACUGCUCUCUAAUUGCAAUGCAAUUAUCACAUGUUAUGAACAAUGUGAACUCUUAAGCAAGUAAUUAUAACACAAGAAAACCUGUGACGGCUCUCUUGAGGUACAGCUUUGCUAACAUCUAUACAAAUGAGAUUAAUCUGAACAACAGCGUAUUUUAAUCCUGAAUUGAAUUGGCACACCCCGAUUAGAUUGAUUUGUUCCUUUAUUUUAUAAUGAAAAAUUGCUUCUUUCAUUUUAAUGCAUUGCAGAUGGAUGCGUUAGGAAUGGUUCAAUUGUGUGAGGGCUUUUUAACAGUCAUCUUUAGGAGAGUAAAAUACACACAGAGCAUCUCCAUAGACUAAAUCCCUAACGACGUUACUGUGGGGAUUUGGGUCUAAUGAAUGUUCCCUUGCCCUCUUCCUUCUCAGCCAGUAUGUAAGCAGCAGUGGUUUGCUAGACUAGAGGGCCACUAGAAACACAGGUGGUAGUGAUAUAGGACAGUCCCCCAGGCUCUUGUAGCUGAGACGUGUGUGGCUUGUACAGUGCCUGUGUCCAUAUGGCAGACUGUCUCGUUCUCUACACGCGCAUGCCUCUGCAUCGUACUGUUUCGACUUGCAACGCCAUAUGAAAGUUGUUGUGUGGUUUGUUUAUCGGGACUGUCCUGGUAUUUACAGCUGAUGUUGUGAAGCCGUAAGCCUCUCCUCAGAUGUGCGCGUUUGGCCCAUGCUGACGUCGGUUGGUCCGUCCGUCGAUCGGUAAAUAAAUUGUUAGCAGACGGCAGUGUUUGGUGUUUACUGUUUGUGCUUGACGGGAGGCUGGCAGAUGGAUUUGCGGGCUUCCUGUUGUGGGAGCGGUCAGUCUGUUCCUCCACGUGGGUCCUGGGAAAGGGUUCAGCAGUAAGGUCUUAGGGAACCCCUGGCUGCCUGGAUCAAAGUGGGCUGCUACUCGGAUCACUGACACUAAAUAAUUACAUAUUGAUUGGUUUUGGAUCCCUCUCACAAGGACUGCCCCUACGAGGGCCGCCCCCUCCAGCCAGAGAGGAAGCAGAGAUCACAAAGCUACACUGAUUUCACACUGCCCGCAGUUCAAAGGUCAACUCAAGGACAAGCUUUUGUGUUGUGACAACACAAGGGGAAUUCUCUCCAAACCCAUCAACAUCCUCAACUUUAAAUGGUGUACUUCUGUAGCAUGCCAUUGAAACAUUGUUCGCACUGAGACUGUUAAUAAGUAGGAAUUAUUGUAUGUGACUCUCUCUCUUUGUCUGUCUCUUACAGAUCCACGCUAGACGACUACCAACUGUCUCACCACAGUCACCCGCUCUAUGGGCACGGGGUGUGCAAGUGGCCUGGAUGCGAGGCAGUGUUUGAGGACUUCCAGUCAUUCCUGAAGUAAGUUUCAUAGCUUUUAGGCUGCAUCUCUCUGCAGUCUGUUCUGUUUUCUUCAUCAGACAUUCCAGUGUCUUGUCUAAGUUCCUCUUCCGCCUGGCCCUCUUCUUGGGCCGAUUAAGGCUCUGUUUCCCCUGGGGCUUAGUGACACUACAGGUGCAACGGGUUGUUAUUUGUGUGUGUGUGUGUGUGUGUGUGUGUGCUAGGUGUGUUGUUGUGCCUCUCUAUGAUAGUGAUGGGGUGUGGUCUCCACUGGGCCCUGCAGGGGCCUCUAAUUCCUGUGAUAAGUGCAGUCCCCAUGGUGAUUCAGGCCGUUUUUCCCAAACAAACAACGGGAUAAUGUUUAUCUGUGGCAGCCGACACUCAGGGUGCUCCGCAUGUUUGUCCUUGUCACUGGACAGGGAUGUGUGUGUGCCUUUGCUUUCCUCACUCAGCUCUUUCUGUCUUUCUCUUGCUUUCUUUCUCUCUCGCUCUGUUUGCUUUUCUCUUCUCUCCUGCUCUCUUUCUUUUACACUUAAUCUCUUUUUGUCUCUCAACUGCCUCUUUCACAAAACUUUCCUAACUAGCUGUAUACAGUGGAGAAAAAAAGUAUUUAGUCAGCCACCAAUUGUGCAAGUUCUCCCACUUAAAAAGAUGAGAGAGGCCUGCAAUUUUCAUCAUAGGUACACGUCAACUAUGACAGACCAAUUGAGAAAAAACAUUCCAGAAAAUCACAUUGUAGUAUUUUUAAUGAAUUUAUUUGCAAAUUAUGGUGGAAAAUAAGUAUUUGGUCACAUACAAACAAGCAAGAUUUCUGGCUCUCACAGACCUGUAACUUCUUCUUUAAGAGGCUCCUCUGUCCUCCACUCGUUACCUGUAUUAAUGGCACCUGUUUAAACUUGUUAUCAGUAUAAAAGACACCUGUCCACAACCUCAAACAGUCACACUCCAAACUCCACUAUGGCCAAGACCAAAGAGCUGUCAAAGGACACCAGAAACAAAAUUGUAGACCUGCACCAGGCUGGGAAGACUGAAUCUGCAAUAGGUAAGUAGCUUGGGUUGAAGAAAUCAACUGUGGGAGCAAUUAUUAGGAAAUGGAAGACAUACAAGACCACUGAUAAUCUCCCUUGAUCUGGGGCUCCACGCAAGAUCUCACUCUGUGGGGUCAAAAUGAUCACAAGAACGGUGAGCAAAAAUCCCAGAAACACACGGGGGACCUAGUGAAUGACCUGCAGAGAGCUGGGACCAAAGUAACAAAGUCUACCAUCAGUAACACACUACGCCGCCAGGGACUCAAAUCCUGCAGUGCAGACGUGUCCCCCUGCUUAAGCCAGUACAUGUCCAGGCCCGUCUGAAGUUAGCUAGAGUGCAUUUGGAUGAUCAAGAAGAGGAUUGGGAGAAUGUCAUAUGGUCAGAUGAAACCAAAAUAUAACUUUUUGGUAAAAACUCAACUCGUCGUGUUUGGAGGACAAAGAAUGCUGAGUUGCAUCCAAAGAACACCAUACCUACUGUGAAGCAUGGGGGUGGAAACAUCAUGCUUUGGGGCUGUUUUUCUGCAAAGGGACCAGGACGACUGAUCCGUGUAAAGGAAAGAAUGAAUGGGGCCAUGUAUCGUGAGAUUUUGAGUGAAAACCUCCUUCCAUCAGCAAGGGCAUUGAAGAUGAAACGUGGCUGGGUCUUUCAGCAUGACAAUGAUCCCAAACACACCGCCCGGGCAACGAAGGAGUGGCUUCGUAAGAAGCAUUUCAAGGUCCUGGAGUGGCCUAGCCAGUCUCCAGAUCUCAACCCCAUAGAAAAUCUUUGGAGGGAGUUGAAAGUCUGUGUUGCCCAGCGACAGCCCCAAAACAUCACUGCUCUAGAGGAGAUCUGCAUGGAGGAAUGGGCCAAAAAAACAGCAACAGUGUGUGAAAACCUUGUGAAGACUUACAGAAAACGUUUGACCUGUGUCAUUGCUAACAAAGGGUAUAUAACAAAGUAUUGAGAAACUUUUGUUAUUGACCAAAUACUUAUUUUCCACCAUAAUUUGCAAAUAAAUUCAUAAGAAUUCCUACAAUGUAAUUUUCUGGAUUUUUUCCCCUCAUUUGUUCUGUCAUAGUUGACGUGUACCUAUGAUGAAAAUUACAGGCCUCGCUCAUCUUUUUAAGUGGGAGAACUUGCACAAUUGGUGGCUGACUAAAUACUUUUUUUCCCCACUGUAUCUAUUUCACGCCUUAAUAACAGCACCAGAACUCACUUAUUUUCACGUCUUGUACUUAGUCAGAUUCAGUAGUUUACUCAUCAACAACAUCAAUCAUAACCAUGCCCACUGGACCCUCUCAAACUGAACCAGUCUCAGGGUCUUUGGCUUCUUCUCCUAAUUCAUAUCCACUUGGAACUGGGCCUUGGUUGUACUGUAUCGUCCCCUUUUAGGCCUGACCCUGGUUCACUAAUCAACCUUGUGGGCAGUGUUCUAUGGGUAAUCCAACACAUAACACCAGCAUGGCUACAGAGACAGAGGAUGAAAACAUCUGUGCUGUGGCAGCAGAUCAAUGGGUGUCUGUCGCCCUGGAUUAGUGGCACUUUAAACAAGAUAUGACACAAUUCCAUUAUCCUGGGCCUAGCAGCCAGGGCACACAGAGGUCCCUCACAAACACACAGGAGAUAGGUGGAAGCUUUACGGUCACUUACAGUUCUGCUGUUCCUACUCUGUGUUUAAGUUCUCAUUUCAUACUAUGCAGCCAGCCACUUCGAGAGAAGGUGGUUUUAAAAAGUGUCCUAAAAUGUUUCCAGCACCACAAAACACGUUUGAAAUCAUUUUUGAUGAUAAUAAUGUAAGCUACUUUGGAUUUCAGUGUACCGAGAGAAAUCACAGAAAGUUUGUGUCUUUUUUUAAAACUCUGUUUAUAACACAUUUUCACCAAGUUGCUCAUUACAAUUUUUUUUCUCCCUCCACAUUUCAGUUUUGUGAAUGUCUGCUUCAAUCCAUCACUACGUAUUGUAUUCUGACAUUCUUUAUAGAAGAGAGAGGAAUUACAAUCUGUGCGCCCGGUAAAGCUCUCCUUAGAAAAAAGUAUCUAAGUCACUCUGCUAUGUUUUUACAAGUGUUUUUAUCAAGGCAACAUCUUGUUUACUUUAGUUGCCUGCCUAAACUGCUUGGAACAUGUUAAGAAAACAUUUGAAGAGUCUCCACAAAGCCGCCUUUGUUUAACAGCAGGCAAGAGAGCGAGCUGCUCACCAAGGUGUUAACUCUCAAACCCUUAAGCACUUCAUGAAACCCAGAGACUGAUACUUAAUCCAUGUCUCCAAGAGAAUCACAAAUACAAACAAAUAAGAAAUCGGGCAUAUGCUAAUAACACCUUUAUAAAUGAUUGUUGGGGCGGAUAGAUAUGGUGGAAGUGAACUGGAGGAGACAGUAGAAACAGCAGAACACUGAGUACUGUAUAGGAGAGUGGGAAAGGUGAGGAGGACUCUAACGUCAACCAGAUUUCAGCUCGCCAUGCCAACAGUAACAACUAACACGGGACUGAAAUGUUGUUUUAAACUGUGUGUGUAUUUAUUAUGUCUUUUAAAGACAACAUUACAUACCUACAUGCACUAUCUUGAUAAAUAAAAAGGGCAAAAUCCUAUUCCUGUUUUCAAUUCAGUGCUGAGUGGGGUGGGGUCUGGUUCACAGCAGAGAUUGGUGAGGGUCAAGAACCCCUCUUCAGUGACCAUUCAAAGGUCACAGCCAGUGAAACACUGCAAUGCCCUCUAGUGCUGCACCCUCUGCCUCUCUCUGUCACUCAUAAAACUAACUGACUCUCAUACCUGAACUCUCUCUGAGAAUUGCUUAAGAAAGAAUAGGCUAUUUGGUGGAUAUUACUUGUUUUGUAAAGAAAAAUCAUAUUUCAACAUGUGUCCUAAAAAAUGUCUCUAAAAAAUCAGAGAAAAAGUAUUAUUAAAUAUUUAAUACUUAAAAAGCAGGUUUUAACUGAUGUGCAAACCGUUUUAUUAAAAAACAAUGAAAAUAGACAUUCUAAUUUACACAAUGGUCAGCUAUAUGGACAUAUGGCAUCGGGCUGGUCCAAAGUAGUGGGUCUAGUGUAUAUAAUUAAAACCAGUAAAAAAGGAAAGCACCCUAAAUUAUAUGUAAAAAGCUGACUUUAAGGAAUGUCUAUUUAACUUGUUUUAUUGUGGCAAUUUACAUUAGGGACUGUCAUCCUGCCAGAAAGCUUUUAAAAUCUGCUUCAUUUAAAGUACAGAAAGUGACACAUGCCAACAUUCAUAGUCUCUCUCGAUGUCAAUUCCCUGUAUCCCCAGCUAGCUCCCUGUGUCCAGACGCUCUUCGUAGGGCUGCAUUAGGGACCAUUUGAAUAUUUCAUUUUCUAUUAAUUAUGCACUGUGACUCCAUGUCAUUAGAAUAAAAAAAGUAUAAUUUAACAAAGGAUGAAGAGAAGCGAGGUGCAUGGCUUCGGUGAACAGAGACAUUCUAAAGCUCAUCACGUAGGGUACCUUCAUUGAAAAUGCAGUCUAUGCAUUUGUUGAAACGUCUUUACUUUUCUUUUAAAUUUUAGUAAGACGUUCUGAAAUGUUUACGAGUUUCAAUGCCCAACCUACUUAAUUAAAUUGACUUUUAUUUAAUUCAGAUAAUUGUAAAGCUGAGAGUGGACACCAUUGAUUACAGCAGCCAUGGUUAUCAUCUACGCUUUCCUUAGAUAUGCCUUUUCAAAUGUCCGUCUUUUUGUCAAAAUAAUACUAAUGAAAUAGUGAAUAUAUAUAUAUAUAACACGGCCAUCUGAAAAGCAGUGUAUUUUCCAUAAAGAUUUAAAUUCCCCAAGGUUGAAAAUAGCCCACUAGAAGCGAAACCUUCACAUCCAAGCAGAAUGCCAUCCAUUUUCCAUCCCUUCACAUAUCUCUGUUUUGUGUGUGUCUGUGUGUUUUUUAAUGCACAAACGUGUUGUCUGUAUGUUAAGCAAUCGGCCCACAACAAAACUGCCAGGGAGGCCUUUAGAUUUAUUGAGCCAUCAUAUCAGCCCGGCCUGCCACUGCUUCUGCACCGGUCAGGUCUGGCUACAUUUGAUUUGCAGUAAAUGACAGAAAAAGUGCAUUUGAGAAGGCAGGCACGUCGCACACCAUUCCUUCCUCCGCCGGCGCUACUGUGAGCGCGUAGAGGCAUGCCUAGUGACAGUGACCUAUAUGGUCACCGAAGAUGUGAUAUAAUUUAUGAUAUAUAAUAUAUUGGAUCCAUUAGCGAGCAUAAUGAAGUAGUGAAAUGAAAGGGUAUUUGUGAAAUCAGUUCAAACAUCCUGCUCGGAUUAUGAUGAAAUGAUUAAUGAAAUGCCCCUGCAUAAGCAUUUUCAAACAGUAAUUCAUGCGGAGGCUGAUAAAAAUCCUCCAAUCAUAUUUCCUUCACUCGUGAACCUUAUCUCUACCAUUUUAUAUAAAUCACGGAAAAAACCCUGUCUGCUGCCGGGCAAGCUACUUAUUUAGAUUAGUUAUAAGCGUGCAGAAAAAGAGAACAUCUUUGCAGAAUAAAAUAAUCAUGCAUAAUUAUAUUCAUAAUUCAAGUUUGUGACAGAUUCCAUCUAUCUUCUUCUUGUUGUCCUUUACCUUUCCUUCUGGCUUCAUUUGUGAUCUCUAAAUCUCUAUGACAUAAUUAACUGAAAAAGACACCAAAAUAAGGAGAAUGUGCCAACCAGAUAAGGAUGGUGCCAUCUUUAAAGAGAAAGGGUGCACACUGAAGCACUGCAUAAUUUACUAAAUUAAUCCAACCUGAAAUUCUUAAGUCAUUUUUCUUAUCUAUGAAGUUAAGUUUGAGCAGAUAUGGCCACCUCAUGAAAUAUGGAUUCCGUUCUUCUUUGCUUAAAGGAGUAUUCAUUUUCGGGUAAUGCAGAUAUUGUUAUACAAAUCCUGGUAAUAUUUGGGUAGUUUUAUACUUCUAGAUCUGCACAGUAUUUACCCAUUAUUAUAUGUACGUCUGUACAACAGCCAUUCCUACGUUAUUCCCACAGUACCCAUACAGAGAAAUUACUAGAUCACGUAAUCACAUAAAGCAUGAUAGGAUUUGUGUCAAAUUGUAUAAAAGGCUACAGUUUAACCAUGUGAAGACACACUGAGCUGAGAAGCUUUGUUUUCUCUUCUCAGGCAUCUCAACAAUGAGCACGCCCUGGACGACAGGAGCACAGCCCAGUGUCGGGUACAAAUGCAGGUUGUACAGCAGCUGGAACUACAGGUAUUGUCUCCCGUUUUGUUUUCGCCCAAACAUUUGUGGCUCCUUUCCUGACACUUCCUCCGUCUACUGCCCCCUCCUUAUCUCGCAGAAAUGAACCAUGGGUCACACAUGGAGGGGGGUGGAAGAAUGAAAUUAUUUUGUACAUUUGUGAGUAACCAGUCAUUAAAAAUGUGUUAUGUAUGCAUGACAGCCAGGCAAAGAUAUAUGAAGGGCCCCGGGGCUAAGUAGAGAAGAUAAUUACAUUUGGAAUUUUACUGGGUUUUAAAGUUAUUUAUUACUUUUAACUGUUUGGCACCAACAAUAAAACACAACGAUGGGCUUCCUCAGUGUCGACUGGGUUUAUUGGAAUAGAAAGAAAUAUAAAUAUUUCUCGCAAAUAACGGUGAUCAGAGAUAUUAAUGUAGUCAUCAGUAUGAGUGGCCUGAUAGGCACUUCUUCCCUAUGAGGGACCCUGGGAAAUAUGCAUACAAUAUGUACAUUAAGUAUAAUGUACAUUAAGUAUGCACUUAUGGAAAAAGGGAUGGUACGCUGUUGGUCCAUUAGUGUGUGUUGGUAAGGGUCUGUGGAGAGGUGGGUUUGAACACUUUCUAAGUGGUCACCAUGAAACCCUCCCUUCUAGGCUGGAGUCGGGUGUCUCUGGGGAAGGUUUGCACAUGUUUUAUUACAACUGAAAGAUAGACACAACAAACCAUGCCAUUAACUAACUGUUAUUUUUUUCAAUUUUUUUGUUGCUAAGCAGGCAUUCUAACCAAUGGCAUGUUUAUGUAUAACAGAUUAUGUGCUGUAUACAGUAGACUUAGGGUACAAAGCAAUCAUGAUUAACAGAAUGUUAACCUUGAACGAUGAGGUUACAAUUUCAGUUCCUUAAGCAUUACACCACACUACCGUCGUACUCGUUAUUUCCGCUCUGGUUGUGUGUCAUUGAGCGCAACUCAAAGAGUGAGAAUUUAUCAGACACGUCCUCCUCCUAACCCAGCAAAUCUCUGUAAUCUGACCUGGCAGCUACUGUAAAACAGAGAGGACAGUUUAGGACAUGCAGGCAGAUCCCGUUUGUUAUUGGCAAUGGGACACAGAUUAUACAGAUAUUCCAUCGUAAUUUGACCUGUUUCUCAGGAAAAUAAUCCUGCAGCAACAGGAAAUGUGAACUAUUAUAUGGAUUCUAAUUAAUCUAAAUUUUUGUAGGGGUUGAUACAUUUUUCAUUAGGGAAAAUUCUCUGCGACAACAGAGUGAUCAAAUUAAGACAGAAUAUUUGUAGUUUAACCUUGAAGAAGAGACAUCGCCAGGUAGACUCGUGCAUGAAGACUAAGGUAUUAAAAUACACAAAGGUUUAUCAUCACAUCAGCCUAGAAUAUUAUAAAACUACUUCCUACUGGAUAUAUGACAAACAGUGAGAAAGAACAUAAUGUGUUGGAUUGUACUACAGAGAAUUUGAUUUUUGUUCAUAAAGAAUUUAGUUUUUUUCCUUCUCAUUACAGCUAGCGAAAGACAAAGAGCGUCUGCAAGCCAUGAUGACGCAUCUCCACGUCAAAUCCACGGAGCCCAAACCCACCCCACAGCCAGUGAGUAGCAGCUCUGUCAUGUGCCUGUUUUCCUUCAUCUUCUUCUCUCAUUUGUCUAAUUGCCUCACAUGUAUUUAUUAAUUUAUUUCCUCAUCUCUUUAUUUAUCUGUUAAAAAAAGCAGCUGCUCACUUGAGAGGAGCCAUUAAUAUUGUUUUGAUCACAUAUGUUGACAUCCCAGAUAAAAUGUUGUUCUAAUGAUUAACUCGGAGCACAUGGUAUUCAGUAGUGCCUGAACUGGUGUUGGUAUGAGCAGACAACAUAGACCUCUGUAGCAUGGUCCUUUGUAGCUCAGUUGGUAGAGCAUGGCACUUGGAACACUGGGGUAGUGGGUUCGAUUCCCGGUACCACCCAUAUGUAAAAUGUAUGACUGUAAGUCGCUUUGGAUAAAAGAGUCUGCAAAAUGGCAUAUAUAUAUAUAUAUUUUUUAAAUAGAUGUUUCUUUUAAUUGAAACAUCUCCUCAACGUCUUCAAUUUGUUGUGAACAUAGCAUACUGUUGAUUCCACCAAAUAAGCUUCAGAAAUACAUGUCUCUCAAAUUAAUGGCUGUUCAAUUCCUUAUCUUGCCACAUUCAUCGGACCAUAACACCGUCCCUAUAUGUCAUCAUACCAUGUAACUUACUGUUUAAUCCUUAUCUUAUAGGCUGUGCCACUUAACAUACAGUGUACAUAUAGCUGCUAUUUUGUCAUGUUUUAGAAGGAACCCCAUUACCAUGGUUCAGUCAUUGUGACAGUUCACUCAUAGUGCCUAAAGCAUGAGGGCCAAUAAACUGUGGGGCUGAACACAGCGGCACACACACACACACAAACGCAGAGGCCCUCUCCUCUGACGAGUUCCUUCCAAAGCCACAAUCAUUUAUUUCCAGUCAGUCUCUGUACGGCGCUCCACACAGCACAGGAAGGCAGUCAGGCAGUCAGGCAGUCAGGCAGGCAGUCAACAUAAUGCUCCUGGAGAUGUAGAGUGACAAUAGGCUGCCUGUUGGAGCUUUGCCUCUGUCACACACACUGAUUGUGUAGAUUAGGCUUCGGAAUGAGGGCCUGACACAGGGACAUUUGUAGGUGAAAAGUGGCUAGGGCAGCAGAUAGCAUCUUGACUUCUCUACUUCUCCUCUCCCCUGUGUCAAGGCUCUGUGUUAAAGCUCUGGGGGUGACACUGCUUUUAUAGAAAAAUCAACUCCCAGCCGUGUCCAACGGCAGUGCAGUGCAUGCUAGUAGCUGCUAUGAUAGGCUAUGAUAAAUGUGUCUAGCCAUGGUGUGGCUCGGUGGCUGGGUCAGUGGGGGAAUCCACAGGUCAGGGCCUGAGUCUCAGCUGGAGCUCUCAGUUAGACUAGAACUAGAGAUGCCCUCUGAGUUAGACCAGGGUUUAGACUAUAGACUGAGUUAGACCAGGCUUUAGACUAUAGACUGAGUUACACCAGGCUUUAGACUAUAGACUGAGUUACACCAGGCUUUAGACUAUAGACUGAGUUACUACAGCCUUUAGACUAUAGACUGAGUUACACCAGGCUUUAGACUAUAGAUUGAGUUACACCAGGCUUUAGACUAUAGACUGUUCAGAAAUGAAUGUCUAAUUUAUUCGCACCAAAGACAGCAAGUGAAAGACAAAACAUUACAGAUAAAAACAGUGUGCAGGUGAGGUUGGAAACCCAAAAGGGCUGAUAUGAAAACCACACCCCAAAAAACGAAUAUACAAAUAUAAGUACAAAAAAAGUUUGUUUAAUCAGUUCAACAGAGCAUACUAAUAAUAAAUUACAUUAUAUAGUAAGUAUACAAAAAACGUGUGUGUGUGUGUGAGUGUGAGAGUUAGGCUACAUGGAGGAUACUACUGGGUAGUUUGGUUCAUCAGGCGGACUCCCAGUCUUCGCUUGAUGUUAUUGAGGGAUGAUGAUGAUGUUUUGGCAAUGUGAAGAUAGGAAUUCCAGAGUAUGGAACCUCUGUAUCUGCUAGAGAAUUGACUAUGUGAGGUGUGGCAGUGGGGAGGGUGAAGGUUAUUGCUGUGUCUUGUGUUGUAUGCAUGGGUUUGGGAAUUAACCUGGAAGAAUCCAUUGAAGGGUUUAAGUAGGUUUUGGCUUGGGCGUUAUACUGUAUAUACCGUAUACCGGGGUAUUUGGGAAAAGCCACGGAAUGGUUUUUGAAUAUUUGUAGCUACUUUUUAAGUAAAUACCUGCAGUCAACUUGUGCAAUAGGUUAGGAGAUAAAGAACAUUGCUUUCUUCAUUUCAUCUGUCACAUUAUUAUGUCGUUUACGGUAGUCCCCAUUCACGUGUCACGUGGUGUUUGUUUACAAGCACACAAUGACCAGAGACCGGAGCCUUGUGAGUCACUCACUGUCAUGCAGCAUGCGCCAGGUGAUCUAAUUACAGUAUGAAAUUCACAACUAAAUGUUUGCCAGCUAGAUAUCUUAUAACUAUUAAGUUAACUGGCUAAAAUUAGCUAAAUGCUCUGCAGUUGUGCAUUUGGUUUGCUAAUUUAGUAGCUAGCUAGCUAUUUACUUGUAUACUUGUAUAGUUUAGGUCAGAAACUAUACAAGUUAAGCUCGUUAGCAUUUAGUUAGCAUUCUCUAUGAGGAUUCCUUAGUACUUGUUAGCAUUUUGUUAGCGUUCUGGUAAGUGACGUUUUUUGGGCUUUGAAUAUUAGUACUUUUUAAAUAAAUACCUGCAGUCAUCUUGUGCACUAAGUAAUAGAUAAAGCAGAUCGCGUUCAUCAUUUCGCCCGUUAGAUACAUUUUCAUUAUAUAGCUUUUUCAUUAUGAAGCUUACUGGAACUAGUUUCCCAAAACAGCGGUUUGAGCCAGUCACGGGUGUUUGUUUACAAAGAAGCACAACAAGCAAAAUGGGAGCUUUGUGAGGCGAGUCACUCCUGCAACCCAACUUAAGUGAGGUGAUCAAGUUACACUUGUAUGAAAUUCACUACUAAUGUUUGCCAGCUAUAUAUCUUAUAACUAUUAAAUUAACUAUCUAAGAUGUGCAAAAUACAUUUUCUUUUGCUACCUUGCAAGAUCAAGCUGCUUGGUAACAGCAGCAGAGACAAUCCCCUCCUGGAUUAAGAUCCCUGCUGCCUAAUAUUUGUUUUAUGUGUGCUGCAAACUGCGUUUUGAGAUACUUGCAUAACUUUAUGAGCUGGGUUGUCUGUCCUAGUAGUAAAUGCAUCCACUCGUUAGCAUUUACCUAGCUUCCGCUAUGAGAAUUCCUUUGUACUUGUUAACAUUUUGUUAGCAUUCUGGUAAGUGACAUUUUUGGGGCUUUUUUUACAUUUGAAAAAAUGAAAUAGCGCCCCCUGUGUGCACUAUCGGUAAUGCCAUGUAUCCCGGGAUGGCACAGGCACGGUAUGAAGGUAUGGAAAUCUGGAUACUGCCCAACCCUAGGUAGGCUGUCUGGGAGGUAUGUGUAUUUGUAGAUGAAGGUGCAUAAGUAUAUUAAUGUUGUAGAUAGACAAUAUAUUGAGUCUCUUAAACAGAGGGGCAGAUGGAUCCAAGUAGUUAGAUGAGGUGCCAAAUGUCUUCUGUGUGAUGAGUAAUUUGUGUAGGUAGGAAACAUAUGUAUUGGCCCAGACAAUAUUGCAGUAAAUGAGAUAUGGGUAAAUGUAGCUGUAGUAUAGUGUUAGGAAGCGAGCCUGAUGAACCAAACCACUAAUCUUUCUGAUGAUACCAACGGACUUCACCACUUUGCUGCAGACAAAGUGAAUGUGAUCUUUACAGGACAACUUUUCAUCAACUAGAUCACCUAGGAAUCUAGUGAAUGAAACCCGGUCCAUUCCAUUCCCACCAAUUGAGAUUCUGGCAUUUUUUAAAAACAAUAUUUCUUAUUUUUACCAGUGAAUACAAUGAAGUUAAUUUAUUUUUUACAUUUAAAGAUAAUUUGUUUAUCUGGAACCAUUCAGAAAACUUGGCCAUUCCUGAGUUGGCUUCAUUGAUUAGUGAAUAAAAAUUAUUGUGUAAUAAAAUGAAGUUGGUAUCAUCAGCAAAAAUAAUGGGAAGUGCGGAUCUUGGAUCCGCAGAUUUAUAGAGGGGGAUAGCUUUGGCAGUUUUCAAAUCUUUAGGAACAAUACCAGUUUCCAUUGAUUGAUAAGGAGCACAUACAUAUAUAUAUAUAUACAAAGGUAUGUGAAGACCCCUUCAAAUUAGUGGAGUUGGCUAUUUCAGCCACACCCGUUGCUGACAGGUAUAUAAAAUCGAGCACACAGCCAUGCAGUCAAAUGGCAGUAGAGUGGCCUUACUGAAGAGCUCAGUGACUUUCAAUUUGGCACCGUCAUAGGAUGCCACCUUUCCAACAAGUCAGUUUUUCAAAUUUUUGCCUUCUUAGAGCUGCUGUAAGUGCUAUUAUUUUGAAGAGUAAACGUCUAGGAGCAACGGCUCAGCCGCGAAGUGGUAGGCCACACAAGCUCACAGAACGGGACCGCUGAGUGCUGAUCGUCUGUCCCUGGUUGCAACACUCACUGCCGAGUUCCAAACUGCCUCUGGAAGCAACGUCAGCACAAGAACUGUUCAUCGGGAGCUUCAUGAAAGGGGUUUCCAUGCCAGAGCAGCUUCACACAAGCCUAAGAUCACCAUGCGCAAUGCCAAGCGUCGGCUGGAGUGGUGUAAAGCUCGCCGCCAUUGGACUCUGGAGCAGUGGAAGCCCCUAGUCUGGAGUGAUAAAUCACACUUCACCAUCUGGCAGUACGACAGACGAAUCUGGUUUUGGCGGAUGCCUGGAGAACACUACCUGCCGAAUGCAUAGUGCGAACUAUAAAGUUUGGUGGAGGAGGAAUAAUGGUCUGGGGCUGUUUUUCAUGGUUCGGUCUAGGCCCCUUAGUUCCAGUGAAGGGAAAUCUUAACGCUACAACAUACAAUUACAUUCUAGACGAUUCUGUGCUUCCAACUUUGUGGUAACAGUUUGGGGAAGGACCUUUCAUGACAAUGCCCCCAUGCACAAAGCGAGGUCCAUACAGAAAUGGUUUGUCGAGAUCGGUGCGGAUGAACUUGACUGGCCUGCACAAGCCCUGACCUCAACCCCAUUGAACACUUUGGGAUGAAUUGGAAGGCCGACUGCAAGCCAAGCCUAAUCGCCCAACAUCAGUGCCCGAGCUCACUAAUGCUCUUGUGGCUGAAUGGAAGCUAGUCCCCACAGCAUUGUUCCAACAUCUAGUGGAAAGCCUUCCCAGAAGAGUGGAGGCUGUUAUAGCAGCAAAGGGGGGACCAACUCCAUAUUAAUGCCCAUGAUUUUGGAAUGAGAUGUUCGACGAGCAGGUGUCCACAUACUUUGGGCAUGUAGUGUAUCUACAGCACACGUCAUACAGUACACUUCCUACAUAAAUAGGCUAAUUAACAGUUAGUCCUAAUUAAAUACAUAACAAGCAUAUACUGUACAUACACAGUGUCAACUGAAUAUGAUUGAAUGUAUUCCUUUGAGCUUGUUUGGAAAAAUAUAUAAAGACAGAAUACAGCGCAUAAACAGUGUGUGAGCGUGCGUGUUUGGUGCGCGCGAUGCGUAUGUGUUUGUGGUUGUCAUUGUGUGGUUGUGUGAUUGUGUGUCUGUAGUUGGUGUCACUAAGCAUUCUUGUCAGAAAUCUGACCUUUUUGCAGUACAUAAUUAAAAUUAAGGAGGGAAUUUUUGUUUAUUUUCUUUAGCAGCUUGGCGAAUCAAAGCCAGUAUAAUUAGAUCACCCAUUACCAUUUAAUUAAUUUCUGUGUGAAGUCUAAUUUUGUCUCUGCACUGGAGUGAGCCCAAAUGCUGAGGGAAAGAAAGGCUAUUACCAGGCUGUCUGGCCUAUUGUUGAGGGCCACUCACUGUUUAUGGCUGGGGAAUAUGGAUGAAACAUGAAACAAAGACUGCUAAUCAACAGGAAAAUAAGUCAGACGUCCAGUCUAUUGAUAGUAUUGUGUCAGAAAACAAUAAACCCAAGUGUGAUUUAUUUGGCUCUUGAUUUAGAAUAACACACUCGUACAGUAGUGAAUUUACAGUAUACAUUCAUGUGCUUUCAGUAUUUGUGUAACACAUUACAGAUGUAGGAUCUUAAUUUCAGCCAGUUUGCCCAAAUUAAUCCUGCAGCAACAGGAAAUGUGAAUUAUUAUGUGGAUUAUAAUUAAUAGACAUUUUUGCAGGAUUGAUCAAGUCUGAAAUUUGAAAGUGGAUAUUACAAACUUCAGAGGCUUUUUUAAAUACACUACAAGUUUUACAUUUUGCAUUGCAGGAAAGUUCUCCUAUAACAGGGUGAUCAAAUUAAGAUCCUACAUGUAUUUGCGUAGAACUCUGCCAAAAGGCAUAUUCCAGCCUCAGAAUUGUAAAUAAACAUUACAUGUCUCUCUAUAUACUGAGUGGCGCAGUGGUCUAAGGCACUGCAUCGCAGUGCUAACUGUGCCACUAGAGAUCCUGGUUCGAAUCCAGGCUCUGUCGCCGCCGGCCGCGACCGGGAGACUCAUGGGCGGCGCACAAUUGGCCCAGCGUCGUCCAGGGUAGGGGAGGGAAUGGCCGGCAGGGAUGUAGCUCAGUUGAUAGAGCAUGGCGUUUGCAACGCCAGGGUUGUGGGUUCGAUUCCCACGGGGGGCCAGUAUAAAAAAAUAUGUAUUCACUAACUGUAAGUCGCUCUGGAUAAGAGCGUCUGCUAAAUGACUAAAAUGUAAAUGUCUAUUGGUGCAGAAAAAAACAUACACAAUUCCUUUGUUUUAGCAUUGCAAAUCAUUACAAAUACAAAAUAUACAAUUAAUUUAAAAAAUCACACUAGCCAUAACCUGGUUAAGUCAAUGCCAUGUCAAGGAUGAAUUAAGCAGUGGUGCCAGCCAUGCAGCUAGCCUCAGAUUUCUUUAUUAUAUACCUGUCUAUCAUAUGGGGCCAUCUCAAUGGUAAUGACUGCUAAUAGGGUUGUGGUCAUUGUGUGGCCGUGGAGGAUCCAUGUGAUGAGGGCUGAGAUGUUAAACACUGUCUGUUCACUUUCACCUGCAAGCCCCCCGUCUUCCCUGUGUCACCACUGUCACCCACAACCAUUAUCAGCAAAAAUUAGACAUCUGAUACCUUCAAAGCAAUUGACAGCCUUGACAUUUCAUUAAUUUGUUAACACAAUUCAGAAAUGAUUGUCAAAGAGGAGACGCCUCCUGCCCACUCUCUCUCUUUCUCUCUCUCUUUCUCUCUCUCUUUCUCUCUCUCAGUUUUUUCCUCCCCUCUUUCCUCCUAGACUGAAGUGGUGUUUAAUUUGGAAACUGGCCUCCUUCGGCAAAUUAGCAAUUAGAACAAUUUUGUGGGAAUAUGUAUAUGUGUCAUUAGUAUUCCUGCAAAUUAAUAACUGGAGCAAGGGGUCAGGCUAGAAUUUUCCACUUGACUGCUGCUCCACUGUGGAGGCUUGGCAGUGUUUGGAAGCAGCCACAGCUGCUGGAAGCCAUGGUAUACCUUUGGAACACUUGGCUUAAUUAGUUUACCUUGUAGCCAUUAUUACUAAUAUCUCUCCCCACUCCCUCCUCACACCCCACCCCUCGAAAGAACAGCAACCCCUCUCUCUCCCCCUGUCUACAAAAUAUUCCAGAGCCAUCUUGCGCCAGCCAGCCCUGAUGAUGGGGUCAUUUAGAUACAGCAUUUAAUCAUCACAUCACCUCCAUAAGCAUCUCCUAAUUAGAGUCCUUACAAUACAAUUUCAGCUUGUAAUUAGUCCAGAUUGUCUGCUUUCUCUACGUGGCUUAUUAGUGGUUGCUCAGCGGCAGGUGAGAAUCUCACUGUCUUUUGUCAGGGCUGUUAGUGCCGCCCAUCUCCCCUCACCCUUGCCAGUCUCCCAGCGGGGGGGCGGGAUUGGUUGAAGUGUGUGGGUGUGAUCUGCCAGCAGAUCAAACAAAGGGAGGAAAACAGAGAACAGGGAGCUGAGCUGUUAGGGAAGGAGGAGGAGAGGAGAGAGAUCCAUGAGGAGGAGGUGGAAGAAGUGAAGGAUGGAGGAGGAGGGUAGGAGAGAGAAUGAGCAGGAUGUUUAACGAACGUUCACGGAUCAUCCUCAGGGUGGCCCAUAAUUAAAGCUGUGAUCAGCCUAGCCAAUGAGGUGUCUUGAGACGCUGGGUAAUUAACGAGCUCUUGUCUGUCUGUCUGUGUUGUGUUUUGUUUUGUUUACCCUCCCUCCCAGCUCAACCUGGUGUCCAGCGUCACCCUGUCCAAGACAGCCCCCCCUGAGGCCUCGCCCCCCCUGAGCCUGCCCCAGACCCCCACCACCCCCACGGCCCCCCUGACGCCCCUGUCCCAGGCCCACUCCGUCAUCACCCCCAACAGCCUCCACCACAGUGUGGGCCCCAUGCGCCGGCGCUACUCUGACAAGUACAACAUGCCAAACUCCCCAGGUACUGGACACAUAUAGCCCACACACACACACACACACACACACACACAUCCAAUUUCAAAUCUAUCAGACUGCAAAUGGAAAUGUUGUAUCUAUAAUAGCUACUGACUAUGGCUUUUGUCUAUGUUCGUCUGUAUGUUGUGUUUGCUCCCUUUGUACAGAUAUUGUCCAGAACAAAGAGUUCUACAUGAAUGCUGAAGUCAGACCUCCCUUCACGUAUGCCUCAUUAAUACGCCAGGUAAGGAUCCUCUGCUCGGCUGGCUCUGCUCUGGGCUGGUAACUUGUAAUGCAUUUAAUCUGUCACUUAAAGGAAUAGGGCCUUUAAUCUGCUUCAGUGGCUUCCGUCAUUAACAGGACAGCAGAUACAUAUUCAGCCAAGACACAAACUGCUUAUAUUUUCUCUAUCCUGCCUUGUUAAAUUUCAAAUACAAUUUAGACGUGCAGCGGAAGAUUAACCAUCUGCAAAUGAGUGCAAGAAUGCGCUCGGGACUCCAAAAACAGCCAUAUAUAACAAUUGCUUUUGAUUAAGCAUUACGGUGGAUGUGAUUAUGAAAUUCAUUUCACACAACAGUAGGGAUGAACCUGUUCUAAGAUGGCCAGUCAAUUAUCGGCCGGCUCGCAGUAAUCUGUGAUCUCAGGAAUUAAUCUGAGCCUGGCAUAAUUGCUGGCCUGUAAUCUGCCUGAGAAAUAUUUUCGCUUCCCACAAUUUACACUGCCAAUAUAAAUAUAUUCAAAUUGCGAGAUUUGAAAGGGAACCAGACAGUUCCUUAAACAAAGCGAGAGGGUACAGAUCGUGCACAUAAUCACAUGGACAGACCAUGCACUGUUGUCUGUGUUCUUUCAGGAGAGCACACACAACCUGCAUGCCACUUGUGAAUAACAGAUUUUUUUUCAGAGGGAACAAAAUGUUGAAUGUUGUUUCUGUCUCUUGGUCUUUUCCAGGGUAUCCUUGAAUCACCGGAAAAGCAGCUAACACUAAAUGAAAUUUACAACUGGUUCACACGAAUGUUUGCAUAUUUCAGGCGCAACGCUGCAACAUGGAAGGUAAAAUCAGUCUUCACUUUGACUUCCUUAGACAAAUAUAAAGGGCAGGGACUGUUGUGUUGAUCUUGUGGAGUUAUACUGAACAAAAAUAUAAACGCAACAAGCAACAAUUUCAAAGAUUUUACUGAGUUACAGUUCAUAUAAGGAAAUCAGUCACUUGAAAUAAAUUCAUUAGGCCCUAAUCUAUGGAUUUCACAUGACUGGGCAGGGCUGCAGCAAUGGGUGGGCCUGGGAGGGCAUAGGCCCACACACUUGGCAGUCAGCCCCAGCCAAUCAGAAUGAGUUUUUCCCCACAAAAGGGCUUUAUUCCCCCCCCCCCCUCAGACGAUCCCAAAGGUGAAGAAGCUGGAUGUGGAGGUCCUGGCCUAGCGUGGUUACACGUGGUCUGCGGUUGUGAGGCCGGUUUGACGCACUGCCUAAUUCUAUAAAACGACGUUGCAGGCAGCUUAUGGUAAAGAAAUUAACAUUAAAUUAUCUGGCAACAGCUCUGGUGGACAUUCCUGCAGUCAGCAUGCCAAUUACACGCGCCCUCAAAACUUGAGACAUCUGUGGCAUUGUGUUGUGCGACAAAACUGCACAUUUUAAAGUGGCCUUUUAUUGUCCCCAGCACAAGGAGGUGCACCUGUGUAAUGAUCAUGCUGUUUAAUCAGCUUCUUGAUAUGCCACACCUGUCAGGUGGAUGGAUUAUCUUGGCAAAUGAGAGAAGCUCACUAACAGGGAUAUAAACAAAUGUGUGCAUCAAAUUUGAGAGAAAUAAGCUUUUUGUGCGUAUGGAAGAUUUCAGGGAUUUUUUAUUUCAGCUCAUGAAACAUGGGAGCAACAUUUAACAUGUUGCGGUUAUAUUUUUGUUCAGUGUAAAAGAUAGUCAAAUAUAUCAAGUUUAAAUGCAAUGAAUGAGCCAUAACCCAAUUCAUAACCUUGCCCCAUUUAUUCUAUCCAAAUAGAGCCACUCCUAACACAAACACUGUCUGUUACCUCACAGAAAAAUGAUGAGGGAAAAUGUGCAUUCUUGUAAAAAAUCCCCAGCUAUAUUUGGAGAUGUUUUGGUGGUGGGUGGCAUGGGUUUAACACACCAAUGUGCUGCCAGGGACUCUAUAAAACGACGUUGCAGGCAGCUUAUGGUAAAGAAAUUAACAUUAAAUUAUCUGGCAACAGCUCUGGUGGACAUUCCUGCAGUCAGCAUGCCAAUUACACGCGCCCUCAAAACUUGAGACAUCUGUGGCAUUGUGUUGUGCGACAAAACUGCACAUUUUAAAGUGGCCUUUUAUUGUCCCCAGCACAAGGUGCACCUGUGUAAUGAUCAUGCUGUUUAAUCAGCUUCUUGAUAUGCCACACCUGUCAGGUGGAUGGAUUAUCUUGGCAAAGGAGAGAAGCUCACUAACAGGGAUAUAAACAAAUGUGUGCAUCAAGUUUGAGAGAAAUAAGCUUUUUGUGCGUAUGGAAGAUUUCAGGGAUUUUUUAUUUCAGCUCAUGAAACAUGGGACCAACAUUUAACAUGUUGCGGUUAUAUUUUUGUUCAGUGUAAAAGAUAGUCAAAUAUAUCAAGUUUAAAUGCAAUGAAUGAGCCAUAACCCAAUUCAUGACCUUGCCCCAUUUAUUCUAUCCAAAUAGAGCCACUCCUAACACAAACACUGUCUGUUACCUCACAGAAAAAUGAUGAGGGAAAAUGUGCAUUCUUGUAAAAAAUCCCCAGCUAAUAUUUGGAGAUGUUUUGGUGGUGGGUGGCAUGGGUUUAACACACCAAUGUGCUGCCAGGGACUCCUGGCCGAGACCCUCCCACAGAACUUAAACUGAGAACACCUUAUUUAUUUUCCUCUGGGCCACACACACACAGGCAGACAAACCCCAGAGAAAAAUAGAGGGGUUAAAACGAGAGGGCAGACAAAAAGGAGAAGGAGAGAAGGAGUAAGAGAAGAGAGAGAGUGAUGAAGCAUUGAAGGCUACCCUCAUAAGGCAGAGAGGGCCUGUAGUGUAGCGUAUCCACAGUGCAGCUGUGAGUGAGACCCCCUAGCCCCCCUCCAUGGCUCACUGUCCUCCCUCAGCUCUCUAACUGCCUGCUUCCCCUGCCGCUGACAGCCUGACCAUAGGGGCACAUUUGAGUUAUAAACAAAAAUCCAACACUGUGACACACUCCUGCAUAUUGGCGUGCGUGCACACACACACACACACACCUACUGUAUACACUAGAGUUCACACAAACACUCAAUAAGGUCCAAUACAUUUACAGAGUUCUAAUCUCAUGUGUCAGUGAUUGGUUUAUUUAAAAAAGGUAACCCGCAUACUCUACAAAUGGUCUUAUGAAAAAGCUUAUAAUGUAAGCCAACAGCUAAAGCUUUUGGAAAUGUGUCUUCUCCCUUAUUGUUCAAUUGUAGGUAAGGUCAUAACUGAAACUGACAAGCCAAAGAGACUGGUUUAUUUGAUCAAGGUCUUUGUUCAGUCUGGGUUUUUGUUUUCAAGGUCUUAGUGGCUCUUUUCAAAUGGCUCAUCAUAAUUUAAGGCUCUGUGAAUGAUAUUUUUAAAGGAUGUUGAUUAAAUGAAACUGUAUUGCCAUAGUAACUGGAAAAUAUUUCCACAGUGUUUUUCUCAUUUUAAACUUUACAGCCGACAGAUCACUGAUACUUGAAAAAAUGUACAAUGAUGUCCAGGUUAUGUCAUGUAUGUGCCUGUCUAUAUGUUUCUUCUCUGAAAUGAAAUGAUUAGACAUUUUCCUGUGUUGAUAUAAUUCUUCUCUCCCUUCUUUUUUUUACACCAACUGCAGAACGCAGUCCGGCAUAAUCUUAGUCUUCACAAGUGUUUUGUGCGAGUAGAAAACGUUAAAGGGGCUGUGUGGACAGUGGAUGAACUAGAGUUCCAAAAGAGAAGGCCACAAAAGAUCACUGGGUAGGUCUGACAUCUCUGGCCAACUCUCACGUCUGGCUGGUUGUGGCUCUAUGGGAAGAGGCUGCUCCAUCUCAUUGUCUGUGUCCCACGAAGCCCCCCAAAGUCCCCGCUUGCUUUGGUGUGCAGCAUCCCCCAUGCUUUCAGUAUUCUGCCCCUGGUGUCGCAUCAUAACCAACAUUGGCUUGUACUGGUUUUCAUUUUGAUCCUCACCCUUUCCUCCCUUGUCCCCCUGUCUGUCCAUGUGUAUGUCUGUCUGUCCCUGUGUCUAUCUGUCUGUCUGUCUGUCAGCCCUGUGUCUAUCUGUCUGUCUGUCUGUCCCUGUGUCUAUCUCUCUGUCUGUCCCUGUGUCUGUCUGCCUGUCCCUGUGUCUAUCUGCGUGUCCCUGUGUCUAUAUGUCUGUCUGUCCCUGUGUCUGUCCCUGUGUCUAUCUGUCUGUCCCUGUGUCUGUCUGUCCUUUGUGCUGUUGUGUUGUGGUCAUUGCAUCUGCAUCUGGCUGCCCUGCUACUUGUCUCCCGCCCAGGGUACCAGUCGCACCAACCUUUCCCUGCAUAAGUGCUUUGUGAGAGUAGAGGACGAGUUUAAACGCGGCCGCCAUAUACAGCGAGGCCGACCUCGGAAAUACACCGCUGUUGAGAACUUUGAUGAGCUGCUAGUACAGUAAGAACUUCUGCCUGGCCCACCCCGCCUCCUGAGCCCCAGCUCCCCCCAGACCUUCACCCCCCUACUACCUGCAUGCUCUGCCUCUGUGUUCCCAUCAUGUCUCUGUGUUUAGCGCUUCCUUUUCAUGAGUUUAAAAAAACCUCCUUCCAUCAACUUGUCUUGUCUUCCUUACAAUGAAAACAAUGAAUUGAAAUGAAUCUCUGUGUUUUUGGUGUGUGAUAAAAUUACCAUUUUAUUAAAUGAAAUAUGAGCAUUUUCUAAACUAAAGUUGUUGUCUGCAGAAGUCCAGCCUUAGUGAAAAACAUCCAGACCAGCUUGGGCUAUGGUCCGGCUCUCUCUGCAGCCUUCCAGGUAAAUAUGAAUACUGUCUCAGUAUCAAGCUCUCUUGACCUUUUACCCUUUUACUGUGAGGGGAAAGAAAGGCAGGAGGGAUGGAGGGAAGCUGAAAAGUGCUGACAGUUCUCUUCCGUUUCUCUGUUUUAACACUGUGCAUGCUUUUCAGGCUUCAAUGGCAGAAAACAAUAUACCUCUAUACACUACUGCUUCCAUUGGAAGUCCUACCCUCAACUCCCUGGCGAAUGCCAUCCGAGAGGAGAUGAUUGGAGCGAUGGACCAUGGAAACAGCAACGGCAGUGACAGCAGUCCAGGACGCUCUCCUUUGCCAGCUAUGUGAGUGGCUCCUUACUUUCUAUUUACAGUAAUCUGUUUAAGACUGAAGGGAAGGAAUGAGUUUCAGCUGGUCUCCACUGAUUCAAAUAGAUCCCAAAUAGAAUGGAUUUGAGCAAACACAUUUUUUUAUCUAGCAUUUUAAUAUCCCCCAAAAUGCCUUAGAAUUGGAUAUUACAUGUAAAUAACAUAUUAAAGGAACAUGAAACAAUGCUAAAAUGGAUAAAAAUAUAUAUAAAGAGAGGAUGAUAUUGGCGCGGUUGUAUGAAAGGUCAGAACCGGGCCUUCCCUGAAAAAGGAAACUCCACCUUCUAGAAGGUUCUAAAGCCAGGCAAGGCCAGGAAGAAAAGACUGGAGCCCUCUGUUAUAUCAACACAAAGUUUAUAAACUCUCCUUUAUUACGGUUAAAAAAUGUGUCCUACUGUCUGCUGAGUCCCGCCAUAAUCACCCCUCCAAUUCUUUUACAAUAUUUACAAAAUGCCAGAACGCAAAGUGACAGAGCUGAUGUCUCCUCCACACUGAAAUACGAGUUAGAACACAUUCAAAUCCCUCUCAGCCGUCUAAAGAAAAACAACAAAAAAUCAUAAUUAGUCUAGGAGAAAUAGUCCAAGAUUCCCAUGUAGGAAAACGGUGGUCUGCCUGGAAACCGCAGUUCCCUAUUCACUUGUUGUAUAGCACUGUCUGCUGUGUUGUUUGAAGCCUAAAAUAAUACGGGGCAGGCAGCAUCGUUUCCAGAUGUGGGGCAGACCACCGAUGUGCAGCUCUGCUAGAUUUAGGGAUGGCCCCAUAAAAUGUCUGAGCUAGAGGGAAAUUAUGCCUGAAAACAUAAAGGUGCAGUAAUGAGCUUGUGGCGAAAUGGAGGAAAGUGCCAUCCCUAAUCACUGUGAACAUAGCUUUGGGCAUCGCUCUGGAACAGGAAAGGCAGAGACAGGAUGGGUGUGCUGGCCCAAAGGCUGUCUCCUCUCUCUCUCUCUCUCUCUCUCUCUCUCUCUCCCUCUCUUUAUCUUGAGGCUGAUGAAGCUCAUUUACUGAGCUUUUUCACAAUGACUGUAUGUGGAUAAGCUUUAUAUGAGUACAAAAUGCAUCAGAGCAUUCAACUUCAGUGUAUUCGCGCAAAGCCACAUUUCUUCUAUCUUCUAUGAAACAGCACGCCUUCAAACAAAAGUUCAGGUUUACUUGCUAGCACCUCUAUCGCUCUAAAGCCAGCUCCCUCUUUUCUCUCCAUUCUCCAAGAGACACACCUCACCCAAGCUACAGAAUCACAACAUCCUCAUCCCACACAAACCAAACCUGGCUCAUAGACCCAACGUCUCACAGGUCUUCACCUGGCGUACAGACAACAGACUGGCUAUUUACAUUUACAUUUACGUCAUUUAGCAGACGCUCUUAUCCAGAGCGACUUACAAAUUGGCUAUGUAGUGGCCCAGGCCGUACAUGUGUUUACCAGCUGCCUAGCUCAAAGCCCUGCAUGGUGUUAGAUGGAGUUAGGUUUUUACUACAGAGAGGAAACUAGGGCUGUUCUCUUUUACAGGCUGACUAUAAUCAGGUAUCCAGACCCAGCCAGCUAAUUAGCAGUGUGGAGUCAGCAUGCAGUUCAAUAGCAUAAUAAUAACAAUUUCAUGUUUGCCCUGCAGCCAGGGAUUGAGACCUGAGGCGAUGUGACUUGUGAAGUUACUUUGAUCUGAAACCAAUAGAAAAGCCUACUUUACUUUUUCCCCUGUUUUAUAAUCACACCUACAGUAAAUGUGUCAGCUCAUUAGCAUAGAAACGUCUCCAUCAAAAAAAUUGCAUAUCACGUAAGACAUUUGUGCAUAAAUAAAUCAAAUGAGUCUGGGGGGACAGAGAACAUGCUUGUCCCUGGUCACUGUUCAAAAUGGGCUCAGCGUCUCGUACUGACACCACACAAACUCCCGUACAGCACAGUGUUGGCACCACAGGUUAGAAUGGGAAAUAUCCUGCAGCUUCUCAUAAUGUUUUAAUUUUUUCCCUCCUCUCUGCUCUAUUCAUGCCUCCUUCCCAUGCGCUUUAUUCCUGCGGUGUUUCUGUAAUGAGAAAUUUGGCAGAUCUCGUCUCUUUAGAGCCCCCUUUGCCCAGGCAGUGGGCUGGGUUCAUGUUUUGCCUUGUUUACAACUGACAGCGUUAUUAUUCUCAUGGCUCUCUUUCUUAUCACAAUGUUGUGUUGAGUGUGCCUUUCUGCUCUGCUCGCGCGCCUUCCUGCCAGCGCUUUUCUUCCAUUAUUGACACUUGGUGAAAAUAUGCAUUAAUUUUGGAGUUUAAAGCAUGUAUAGUGGUGUCUGGUCGCUGUGUUUGCUUGAAGUUGAUUAAUGAUAGAAGCCGGCUCGGGGUCGUCCUCUGGAGACCCGCCUCGCAGGUUAUGCAUGUUAACGAGAAGGAAGAGGAACACACAGCGCUCGCUGUCACUGAUCCACCGCCACCAGGAAGUUGACAACAGCCCACUCUCUCCCUCCACAGAGUCCAUUCUCCUCUCUCCCCCGUCGCACGUUGUUAAUCUUCCUCAUUUAUCAAUUCUAAGUGAAUACCCUGUUGUCGGCUGCUAUGAAAAUAAAGCCUGCAGGUUUUCCGGGAUUGGAAUACCUUAAAAGAAGGUGAAGUUGUCAUCAACACCAGCCCAGAGAGGCCCCUCUCAGAGAUUCAUUAGAGCCACUCAUUUGUUUUUGUUCCUCAUUUCUCUUUUAAAUCUGAAUCAAUACAUGUCUGUGGUUCUCUUUUGAGGAGGGAAUGAAAGGUUCAACAAGGGUUUAACCAGCUAAAGAUAAACUAAAUGGAACAUCCACUGUCUGUUUGUGUUCUGUUUCCAUGCAGGCAUCACAUUAAAGAGGAACCGCUGGACCCAGAGGACCACGAAGGCCCCCUCUCCCUGGUGACGACGGCCAACCACAGUCCAGAUUUCGAUCACCACAGAGAUUACGAUGACGACCAGGGCCACGAUGACAUGCUGUAA